AUGAAUCCAGAAGAGCAAAUCGUAACCUGGCUGAUUUCUCUGGGGGCUUUAAAUUCUCCCAAAAUGAUUAUUGACGACCCUGUGCAGUUCCUGAAAACGUCUCUGAAAGAUGGGGUCGUUCUGUGCAAACUGCUUCACCGUCUUCUUCCAGGAUCUGUAGGAAAGGUAAGACCAUGAAAGUUUAUUCUGGGCUUUGUAGGAGAGGUACCAUUUGGGAGUGAUCCUAUAUAUUUUCCAGUGCCCUGCUGCAAGGAUGUGGCCAUUGCUUUAAAUCUGAACCCCUGGUUCUUUCCAACAAACUUUAAUAUUUGCAAGAAGAAAAGGAAGUUGAUGAUGAUAGGCAUGGUCCUGGCAUGCAGUGGUUGCGUUACUCUGCUAGUAUGGGAGCAACAACAGGCCUGCUACACUAAGACAACAAGCCCCAGACUGCAUAGAAGCAGCCAAUGCUUUGUCAACUGGGUUAAAGCUGCUGUCAGAAUCAGCCACCAGAGUGACUAAGGUGUCUUGGCAUAUAAAAAAAAAAUGCUUUUCAUAACAGCAGUUAUAAAACUUUGCAAUAGCCCUGUAAAGUAGGCUGGUGGUGGUGUUGUUAUCUCCAAAUUGCAGAAAGGAGGGGGGCAGUAAUGCAGCUGAGAAAACAGUGGUUUGCCUAUUUGUGUCUAUUGAUUUCAUGGAAGGUGGUGAUAUGAGAAUUUGAGACAUAAGCAUCUGCUUUAUAACAGGUCACAUUAUUUCCUCGACCAGUAGCUUUCUGGGGCCUCUGGCAGAGACGGCUUUCCUAGUUCUGUUGCCUCUAACUGACUAGGCUGAGGGAUCCCAAAUGCAACUGAUCCCUCCCCAAGACCCACUGAUUGGACACAGGAAGGAAAUUGGCUUCUGGGAGGAUUUCAGUAGGGGCAAAUGUAAGGUUCUACACUUAGGUAAGGUGUUGGAUUAAACCCUGUGGAGGCCCCUAGGCAGUUGAAAUCUCGGGGGUCCCCUUCUUGUUGGCGUAACAUGGAACUAAGAAAGCUUGAUUGUAAUUUUCUUUCAAGAUCAAAUCAAUAUUAUUUUGAUCCAUUGUUACGGGGCUCCUACAAGGCAUGGGGCUUAUUGACCAGUGUCUAUUCUGCCCAUUUGGUAAUCUGGCACUGGUUAGGCAGGAAGAACCAGUUGCACAGAUCACCUGGCUUGUAAGCAGUACAUGUGAAAAGGAGCUGGGGAUCUUAAUAGACCAAAAGCUUCACAUGAGUCAAGAGUGUGAUGCAGCAGCAAAAAAAGCUAAUGCAGUUCUAGGCUGCAUCAGCAUAAGUAUAGCAUCCAGAUCAAGAUACCGCUCUAUUCUGCAUUGUCAUACCACACCUGAAAUCUUGACAAGCUGGAAAAUGUGCAGAGGAGGGUGACCAAGAUGAUCAAGAGAAAUCAAGAUGAUCUGGAAAUCAAGCUUUAUGAGGAGCAGUUGGGGAAAUUGGUAUGUUUUGCCUGGAAAAGAGGAGACAGAGAGGAGAAAGGAUAGCCAUCUUCAAAUAUCUCAAGGGCUGUCACAUGGAAGGUAGAGCAAGCUUGCUUUCUCCUGCUCCAGAGGCUAGGACCCAAACCAAUGGAUUCAAGUUACAAAAGAUUCAGUAAGAACUAUCUGACAGUAAGAGCCAUUGGUAGAACAGACACCCACAAAAGGUGAUAGACUCUCCUUCAGUGGAGAUUUUAAAGCAGAAAUUGAGUUGGGAUUCCUACAUUGCAGGGGUGUAGACUAUGGGACCUUUGGGAUCCUUUCCACUCUACAAUUCUGUUAUUCUAUGAACUAGCCCCAGCUAGACAUGUGUGAGUGCACUUUAAAGUUCCCGGCUGUACUUUUGCAGCCGUCUCUCUACCAACCCUCAUACCUGAUGUUGCAUAUGAUGAUGAGGUAUAGGGGUUGGGCAAAUCUUGUCAAAUCCAGGUUCUGUCGAUUUAUCCUUCUUCCAUUCUUGAGUUCAGUUCUCCACAUUUCCAUAUCUGUUUGUAAUGGCAAGAAAUCCUUUUGAAGUCCGUCUGGAAAUCUGCCAACAUUGUACUGUGGGUUUGUCCUAAUAUACACACUUUUGCGGGUCAAAAUACAGUGGUGCCUCAGGUUAAGUACUUAAUUCGUUCCGGAGGUCUGUUCUUAACCUGAAACUGUUCUUAACCUGAAGCACCACUUUAGCUAAAGGGGCUUCCCGCUGCCGCCGCGCCGCUGGAGCACGAUUUCUGUUCUCAUCCUGAAGCAAAGUUCUUAACCUGAAGCACUAUUUCUGGGUUAGUGGAGUCUGAAACCUGAAGCGUAUGUAACCUGAAGCGUAUGUAACCCGAGGUACCACUGUAUAAUGCGUUUUUUGUAUUUAAUAAAAUACAAAUGCAAGAAAUAAAAAUGCAUGAAAUUCUGAAGCACAUUUUACACCACUAUGAGCAAUGUGUACACAUGGUUGUGUUUACGUUUCAGAAAGUGCAACUUAGGUAGGUUCACCUUUAGACAUGAACUGAAUUAAGAUUUAUUCACUGUUCCUAGCUGUGUGUGGCCCAGAUAGAGAUGGGAGAACAGGCUCCCAGAGCAAAUUGGGACUCCUACUGGACCAAAUGCGGCUCAUGGCUGGAGGUUCCCACUGCUGGUGGAGACAAUAUUGAGGCAGGUGGACCUCUGGUCUUGAAGCUUCAUAAGUUAUUGAUCUGUAUUGAUUGCUUCCAGCCCUGGUUUUACCCUUUUAAGGGCUAUGGACAAGGUUACCCAAAGGCCUGCUUACCUCCAUGUGAAUCUGUCCAGGCACCAAAAUCUUUCCAUUGAGGUUGUCCUUUGUGUUUUCCAGAUAGGGACUAUUGCUCUAUGGCAUAGGAUUUCCCCCCACCACCACCAUGUAUAUUGUUAACUUAUUUUCAUAACGUGUAAGAAGCAAUAAUCAACAAAAUACACAACCACACUAUUAUCUCUUUGAAUGGUACACUGUGAGAAGUUGUGCACAUUUACUGAAAUCACCUUAAAGAAUCAUAGAAUGAUUGGAAGGGAUCCUGAGGGUUAUCUAAUCCACUCCCCAACCCCGUGCCCAACACAGGGCUCAAAACCAUGACCCUGUAGAGUCUUAUGCUGUAUUGGCUGAGCUAUUGCAGAGACAGAUCCCUCCGUAGAUCACCAUGCAUUGGUUGUGGAUGUGAUGCAUGGCCAGAUCCAUUUGCAUGUGUAAUGAAAAGCAAUACCAAUUGGUGGCUCUAUGGCAGAACUGACGCUUUGCAUGCAGGAGGUCUUGAUGUGGUAGCAAGUGAUGUGAUGGGCAAAUUCCUGGCCUGGUGAAAGGCAGCUGCCUAUGCCUUGCAGUGGCACCGCCAGGGCAAGACUUUGGAGCGGAGUCAUUGAGGUCACUCUUCUGCAGAAUGAGCAGGAAGUAUCCUCCAUGCAGCAGGACUGGUGGCUUGUCACAUUUUGGAGUUAUGCACAUUGCCAUCCAAGAAGGAGUCCUCCAUAAGGCCCUCCUUAUGUCCAAAGCCUAAAAUUAUCUCACUGCACGGCUCUGUCUUGCCGGUAUGUUUGCAACCAUAUGGCUCAAAAGCUCUAAGGGAUUCCAAUGACCCAAAGGGCCUUGUGCACACAGAGAGACACCUGGAUUCUCUUCUACGAGCCAUUUGUCAUUUUGUGCAGCCCUGAAAACACUUUUGCGACUGACUGUGGCUUAGGGCCCUCGUAUUUACGGGACUGCCUCCUGCUCUCCCCCUCAAAGGACCUUAAGGUCCAUGAAUAACCAUAGUUUAGAGGUCCUGGGCCCUAAGGAAGUCAGACUAUCCUCCACCAGGGCCAGGGCCUUCUCGGUGAUGGCUCCAACCUGGUGGAAUGCUCUGUCCCAUGAGAUCAGGGCCCUUCAGGAUUUAACCUCCUUCCAUCGGGCCUGUAAGACGGAGCUAUUCCGCCUGGCCUUUAAUUUGAAUUCAGCCUGAUCUUUUAUUUCCCUUCCCUUCUCUUCCCUCCCCCUCCCCCUCCCCUUUUAUGAAGAUUACCUGCUCUGAGACCCCACAGCUAAUUCUCCCCUGGCCUCCUCGCUGGCCCAAGUUGGACAAAUUCAGCCAGCUAGCCCUGGGGAUUAUCUAAUGCUUAUUAGAUGGAUUUACCCAAAAUUGAUUUCUGAACUUUGAAUUUUAUUGUUAUUCGUGUUUUUAUACUGUAUUUUAUGCUGCUUUUACAAUUAAGUGUUUUAAAUUUGUUGUUAGCCUCCCUGAGCCUGGUUUUUGAACCGGGAAGGGCGGGGUAUAAAUAAAAAUUUAUUAUUAUUAUUAUUAUUAUUAUUAUUAUUAUUAUUAUUGAUGCAAUCAAGUCGAUUGUGAUUUUAACAGUGCAAUCCUCAACAGCGAUCCCACUCAAUGGAAUCCACUUUCCAGUAGGUGGGUGUCAUUAGGACUGCAGCCUAAGCACCCUUAAAAACAUGAGACCCUAUGCAUGUUUGUUUGGACAUACUUCCCACUGUAUUCAGUGGGGCUUACUGGUUUGAAAAGUCACAAGGGUCAUGGCUGGUGCUGCAGUCAGGGGUACCCAAACCCAUUUUUAAAGAAAAUGAUUGUGGUCCAUUUAACAGCAGCCCUCUCCCUGCAGAGGCUAGUGUUGCAGAAAUGAAUCCAAGAGGCAGGGAACUUGAGGGAAGGAAUGGAUCAGGGUGGGUAAUCAGAUAUAUUUUUCUUAAUACACAUCCUGUUUUCCUGUUUUCACCAGCUGUGUCACUGAGUAUAAUGUCAACGCUCUUUUGCAAAGCACCUGGCUUUGAAGCUUAUCUCCUUCUGCAUCCCAGGGCAACUGCGUAGGAUGAUUAACGUGAAUGAAAAGAUGAGCUGUUGCUGGCUGGUAGGUAGGCGCUGGGUGCUGUCAGACCUCCAAGUGUCUCCAUUUUCCAGGGACACUCCCAGAUUUAGAGAAGCCUUCCCGGUUUCUGAUUUGAUCCCGGAAUGUCCUGCUUUUUCUUAGGAAGUCCCUAUUUGCAUCAGAUAAAUAUAUUGGAGGGUAUGGUGAAGGUAAAGGGACCCCUGACCAUUAGGUCCAGUCGUGGCCGACUCUGGGGUUGCGGCGCUCAUCUCGCUUUAUUGGCCGAGGGAGCCGGCGUACAGCUUCCGGGUCAUGUGGCCAGCAUGACUAAGCCGCUUCUGGCGAACCAGAGCAGCACAUGGAAACACCGUUUACCUUUCCGCCACAGUGGUACCUAUUUAUCUACUUGCACUUUGACGUGCUUUUGAACUGCUAGGUCAGCAGGAGCAGGGACAGAGCAACAGGAGCUCACCCCGUUGCAGGGAUUCGAACUGGUGACCUUUUGAUCGGCAAGCCCUACAGGGUAUGGUGGGACAUCCCUAUUUUCAUUAGAGAAAUGUUGGAAGGUAUGGUAGGAUGUCCCUAUUUUCAUUGAAGAAAUGUUGGAGGCUAUGUAGUUUUUGCACAUGAUCCGUGUCACUGGCAUAUCAGAGGGUCAAGGACAUCUUCUAUAGAACUGCAGCAUGCAGAGGUCAAACAGACACCACCUAUGUGGCAUAGGUAAAGCCUUUCAGCAGCUGUAAUGUUUGGAAAUGCAGCAGUUCAGAUGGCAGUGGGGAAACAAGGCAAUGAGAUUGGAGUUUGGUGGAGAAUAGCACAUAUAGCAGCAGCGUAAGCAACAUCAUAAGCCCCCCUCCCCAUUCCAGCUGUACAGGAGGAUCUGUGGGUCGCAGCCUCAAUCAGCAAUAUUUGGAAAGGCAAAAUGGAAAGAACUUGGCAGGAAAGAGGAAACAGCAGUGCAAUAAAAGACGGUUAGCAAGAAGGGAUAGUAAAUAUUCACCCACCCAGCCUGUCCUUGGCUGUUGCCUUCCAAGUUCCUCCCUGUUCUCCAAAAAAGGGAACCUUUUAGCUGCAAAAUCACUCUGAUUGGCUAAAUGUAUACCUCAAGGGCAGGCCUGUAUACUUGAGAAAUGCCCCAUAAAAGGAUGUGAGGGUCUGGGGCGGGACAGAAACAUUCAAGGUAGUGGUUGGUUGAUCGGCAUCCUAGACAAUUUUGUUGUUGUCAUGGAAGGAAGCUCAAGAGCAAGGCUGUGUGUGUGUGCGUGUGCGCGCGCGCAGCUCAGAGAUAUGGCAUCGGUUUUGCAUGCAGAAAGUCCCAGGUUCAACCCCUGGCAUCUUCAGAUAGGGCUGGGAAUGUCUGCUGCCUGAAAACCUGCACAGCUGCUGCCAGCCAGUGUAGACAACACUGAGCUGGGUGGACCAAAGGUCUGGUUCAAUAUCAGGCAGCUUCCUAUGUUCCUAGCUGAGAGGAAAGCCCAAUUAUAUUGCACAAUUAGUUUGAAACUGUAUUUAAUGUUGUACUUGUAAAUUGCUGCAACCAGCCCUGAGACCUCAUGGUGGAGGGUGGGUAAGAAAUCAAAUUAACUGCAAGAAAUAAUAAUUACAAAAUCUGCACUCUGGUGACCUAAAGCAGGAUCCUGGAUAUGUGUGGUUUCCUCUUUAUCUGUCAUACUGGCUCAGAAAACCGUUACUAUUUUACUGCUUCUGUUAAUUCUGAUUGUCUUCCAAAGCAACUACUCUAUUCCAAACUUAAAAAUGGAAAGCAUAAUGCUCGUGGUCAACAAAAGAGGUUUAAAGAUUGUCUCAAGACAAAUCUAAAAAAAUGUAGUAUAAACACUGACAACUGGGAAGCAGUGGUGCUCCAGUUGGAGAACAGCCUUUACCAAAGGUGUCAUGGGCUUUGAAGGCACUCGAACUCAGGACGCAAGGGAUAAACGUGCUAAGAGGAAGGCACGCUUGGCAAAUCCACACCGUGAUCAGCUCCCGCCCGGAAACCAAUGUCCCCACUGUGGAAGGACGUGUGGAUCCAGAAUUGGCCUCCACAGUCACUUACAGACUCAUUUUUAAAACUGUGUUUAUGGAAGACAAUCUUACUCAGCUACGAGUGAUUGCCAAAGAAGAAGAAAGAAGAAGUGUGUGUGUGUGUGUGUGUGUAAGGCAGGCAGGCAGGCAGGCUGCAGGCUGCUGCAGGACACAGCCCUAUCCCCCACCCCUCUAAGCAAUGGAGCUAUUAUUAAGCAAUGCCUGUGGCUUCUGAGAUUUCGCCAUGUCUUGCUUGCAAGCAUACCUUUGCAGCCUCGAGGCUGCUGCUGCUGCCCAGAGCCUUGCUGUGGGGACUGAGCUUUUCUUCACUUUAGCAGCAAACUCAUGGUCCUAAUGCACAUUGUCCCAGGUUCAGUCCUCAACAGGUAGGACUAGAAACCCCCCCCCUCAGGGCUGGCCCUACCAUUGGGCAGAGUGAGGCAACUGCAGGUGCUGCAGUGGAACACAAUUGUCUUCUAUUUGAGGACGAACCUGCUUCCCCCCAGGGGAACAUGCAACAUGACGAAUGAAGCAACAACAACAACCAAAAAGUACAAAACCAAUGUACUAAACAGCUUUAGGAAACAGCAACACCAGCAGCUAAAAAAGGAAAGUGUUCAAAUGCUUUUUAAGAUCUGGGUAAAUAGAAAGGGUGGUCACCCAGCACAUUGGGAGCUGACAUCAGGCAUAUUCUCCUCCAAAAAAUGCUCCACAAGAAAUCUCUAUGUGGGACAAGAAGCUACAGUUAGAACUGGAUAUGGAACAACUGAUUGGUUCAAAAUUGGGAAAGGAGUAUGACCAGGCUGUAUAUUGUCUCCGUGCUUAUUUAACUUAUAUGCAGAAUUCAUCAUGCGAAAGGCUGGGCUGGAUGAAUCCCUAGCCGGAAUUAAGAUUGCCAGAAGAAAUAUCAACAAGCUCAGAUAUGCAGAUGACACAACCUUGAUGGCAGAAAGUGAGGCGGAAUUAAAGAACCUUUUAAUGAGGGUGAAAGAGGAGAGCGCAAAAUAUGGUCUGAAGCUCAACAUCAAAAAAACGAAGAUCAUGGCCACUGGUCCCAUCACCUCCUGGCAAAUAGAAGGGGAAGAAAUGGAGACAGUGAGAGAUUUUACUUUCUUGGGCUCCAUGGUCACUGCAGAUGGUGACAGCAGUCACGAAAUUAAAAGACGCCUGCUCCUUGGGAGAGAGGCGAUGGCAAACCUAGACAGCGUCUUAAAAAGCAGAGACAUCACCUUGCCAACAAAGGUCCGUACAGUUAAAGCCAUGGUUUUCCCAGUAGUGAUGUAUGGAAGUGAGAGCUGGAUCAUAAAGAAGGCUGAUCGCCGGAUAAUUGAUGCUUUUGAAUUAUGGUGCUGGAGGAGACUCUUGAGAGUCCCAUGGACUGCAAGAAGAUCAAACGUAUCCAUUCUUAAGGAAAUCAGCCCUGAGUGCUCACUGAAAGGACAGAUCGUGAAGCUGAGGCUCCAAUACUUUGGCCACCUCAUGAGAAGAGAAGACUCCCUGGAAAAGACCCUGAUGUUGGGAAAGAUUGAGGGCACAAGGAGAAGGGGACGACAGAGAAUGAGAUGGUUGGGCAGUGUUCUCGAAGCUACAAACAUGAGUCUGACCAAACUGCGGGAGGCAGUGGAAGACAGGAGUGCCUGGCGUGCUCUGGUCCAUGGGGUCACGAAGAGGCGGACACGACUAAACGACUAAACAACAACAAAACAGGGAAUCAUAGCUGACCUCCAAUGGUUUAGUGACCACUUCUGGGUUCCUUUUAGAGCAGGAGGGAUAACAUCAUCUGCUGGUGUAUCAAUCAGGAUAACUGGCUGAUCUUCCUUGCUCUGGCAAGAGAAUGGGAUGAUAAUGAGACUUCCAAGUUUGUUUUUGGCAGAUUGGAGCAGACAAACUCAGAAUGCAAGGAGAGAAGUCUGGAUCCUAAAUUCCAUUGUCUUUAAUGGCGUUCCUACUUCACACCAGCAUUUUAAAGGAUAGCACUUUGUUGCUGAUUGUUUGCAUUCCCAUUCAAAAGCUAAAAGUGGCAUUUUGUUAAAGCUCAAGGUGUUUGAAAACUGAACUUACUGGGUGUUAGGAACAAGCACCCGGGAGUUCAGUGAAGGUUACUCCUAGGCAUUUCUGCAUAUGAUUUCAGUCAUGCAGAUCCUUAUAAAUUGGGGGCUAUGCUAUGUACUUAUCUGCGGUGUUUAUGAGGGUAACAAUAGACUAAGGCAACCAGCGGCAUUUUUGGACUUUCCUUGGAAGAAUGGCUAUGGGAGGUGGGCAUCACAAGGACCUCCUGUAUUUCAAAAUUUACUGCUUCACCCCUCUCAGCUCACCAUGCAGCUACUCUCUGAUGGUCUGCCUCAGUGAAAGGGCUUCUGACAAUCAUUCAAAGCACAUUCUUUCCUUCAAAGAAUUCUGGGCAUUAUAGUUUGUUAACUGCUGGGAAUGGUAACUCUGUAAGUGCAAAACUACAGUGCCCAUAAUUUUUGGGGGCGGGGGGAGGAUGUGCUUCAAAUGUUCUGUGAAGAAUAUAGUUUGUACACAGUCUUUGUGCAUGAGAAAAAUAUCUACCCGACCCUUCAAGUCUUUUUUUAAAAAAUGAAUCAGGAACAGAAUAAAAGAACAAUUUAAAAUAGGCCCACAAUAUACUAAAAAGAGCAGCAAUCAUCUAGCAUAUUCAUGUGAGAACAUGGGCUUUUCUGAUAUCUGUGUCUCUGUGACCUUAAAAGCCUUUCAAGGUUAAAAAACAGCGCAUGUAUACAGUAUUACAUUCUUUUGGUCUCCUUCAACAAUCUAGCUACAGUACAUCUUGUGGUUCAGCAUAAAAAAAACCCCAACGUGGUGCAUCAAUCUGAAUGUCAGACUAUGACCUGGGAGUCCAGGGUUCAAAUCCCCACUUGGUCAAGAAGUUCAUUGGGUGACCUUCGGCCAAUCACUGUCUCUCCCAGCUGCUCUGGGUAGGUUCCAACAAAUUAAAAACUUUAAGCACAGUAAACAUCAAAUAUUAAAAAAUUUCCCUACACAGGGAAUGGCUGCCUUCAGGUGUCUUAUGAAAGUCAGGUAGUUGUUUAUCUCUGUGACAUCUGGUGGGAUGUCCAAAUCGGAUUUAAGGCGGUACGGGUGGUCCCUCCACAAAGGGCACCAAGCCAAGGGCUGCAAAAUAAUGAUAGUGAUAAAAAACCCUAUAUUUAUAUGGGGACCUACUGAGAAUAUCAAUUUUAAAAAGCAACAGUGCCAAAAGGAAUCACUGGGAAAAUAUUUAGGGAUGGUGCCAAGUUUUGCCCUUGCUCAGGGCACCAUAUUACCCAAGUCUGCCCCUGCCUUAACCUGCCUCUUAGGGUUGUUGUGUGGAUAUAAUGUGGGUGGGGAAAACCAUGGUGGGGGGAACCAACAUACAAAUAAAUAAAUAAAUAAAUAAAUAAAUAUGCAUUGCCCAAGGCAUCUUCAAGGACAACUGGCACUGUAUAGGUGCCUCGUAACACUCCUUCCACAUUUAUAAGUACCGGUAAUUGAUAUUUUAGAGUGGCAGCACCUGCACGUUUGGAACUCCCUGCCUAUUCACCUCAGGCAAACACCUUCACUGUGAAGUGGCAUAUAAAUUUCGAAAAGAAAGACAGACACACAAAUCAUGCCUUGCAGAGGAAGCGCCUCUGUUUGCCCCCUCCCCUAAUUACUAAUUAAACUCGCAACUAUUUCUUGGGGUUCUUUUCUCUCCCCCCCCUUCCCCAUCUCUUGGUCCACCCGUUUCUGAAAGGAUCCGGCUGCAAUUUGGGCAGGAGGAGGGGAGAUCUUCAGGGGCCAUCAGUGUCACCCUCUGACGUUCAGAGCAGGGAUGUGAGCUUGUCGCUUUUUGGUUCGCUCGCUCUGUUGCCUGUUUGUUCUUCCUGGGCUGACAGCUUGCCUCCCUCCCUCCUUUCUACCGCCCGCCACCCACGCCGCACUCCACCUUCUUCUGCAAAAUCCAUCCAGCAGCAAGCUUGCCUUAUUGCCAACAAGCGGUCUAACAUCUUCUCUGGCUUUGCUGCUGAGAAGGAGCCGCGAAGGGCUCGUAAUCUCUUUCUCGCUGCUCCUAUAGGUGAUGUUUUUUCCCCCUAACCUUUUGCAAAAAAAAUUUCUCUCUUUAGUUUUGCCGGGAGCCCAGGACAGAAGCCGACUGCAUUGGCAACAUCGAGGAGUUCCUAAACGGGUGUGCUGCACUUAAAGUCGAGGUAAGUGCCAACCCUUUGUAGCUGCCUCAUACCACGGCCACAUUCACGCCACGCAUUUAAAGCGCCACGAUACCACUUUAAACAGUCACGGUUCCCCGCCCCCGCCCCAAUAAUUCUGGGAGCUGCAAUUUGUUGAGGGGAGCUGAGAGUUGUUAGGACUGCUCCCCUCCCAGACCUACAAAUCUUAGAGUGAUUUAACAGUCAAUCCCUCUUCAGAGGGAGCUGUGGGAAUUGCAGUUCUGGAGGGGAAUGGGGUUUCUUAACAUCUCUCAACACCCUUAGCAAAGUACAGUUCCCAUAGUUAUAUGUGGGAAAGCCAAGGCUGUUUGAAGUGGUAUCAUAGGGCUUUAACUGUAUUGUAUGAAUGUGGCCCAAGUUAGGUUGUUAGUACCACUGCUUGAAGAAAUUCUGAUUAAUGAUGUUCACUGAAUAAUCUCUGAAUUACAGCUGAAAGUAUCUCCCAUAACUGUCGAUUGAAAGGAAUGUGAUUUAAGUUCAUUUUGGGGCAGAAGGAUUUCUUAUUCAAGUUCGUUCUCUUACACCUCGAUAGCUCAGUUGGUUGGGCUGUGGUGCUGAUAAUGUCAAGGCUGCAGGUUCAAUCCCCCUAUGGAACAGCUGCAUAUUCCUGCACAGCGGGGGGGGGGGCGUGUUGGAGUAGGUGAUCUACAAUUCUAUGUGUUGUGGGGUGUUUUGGUUGUUUUUUUACACUUUAGACUCCUUAGGCCUUUAAGUUUAAAGAUCACAAUAGCUGAAGCAAAUCAACAAAAUAAUUUACAUUCCAGUGGUUUUUUUUGUUUAUGUUUUCUUAGCAUGCUGGUGUUUAAAACGUUGAGAGCUUUUAUAAUGUGGUUUGAGAACAAGGUAUUGCAAGGCCUGCCUGCUUCUGGAUCAUAGUAUCAUAGAGUUGGAAGGGACCCCAAGGGUCAUCUAGUCUUGGGGUCAGCAAACUUUUUCAGCUGGGGGCCGGUCCACUGUCCCUCAGACCUUUUGGGGGGCCAGACUAUAUUUUGGAAAAAAGAAGAAGAAUGAAUUCCUACGCCCCACAAAUAACCCAGAGAUGCAUUUUAAAUAAUAGCACACAUUCUCCUCCUGAAAAAACACCAGGCAGACCCCACAAAUAACAUUGUAAAGAAAAGCACACAUUCUACUCAUGUAAAAACAUGCUGAUUCCCGGACCAUCUGCGGGCUGGAUUUAGAAGGCAAUUGGGCCAGAUCUGGCCCCCGGGCCUUAGUUUGCCUACCCAUGAUCUAGUCCAACCCCCUGCAACACAGGAAUCUCAGCUAAAGCAGCCAUGACAGAUGACCAUCCAACCUCUGCUUAGAAACCUCCACAGAAGGAGAGUCCUCAACCUCCCAAACAGCUCUUGAACAGCUCUUACUGUCAGAAAGUUCUUCCUCAUGUUUAGUCAGAAUGUCUUUUCUUGCAACUUGAAGCCAUUGGUUCAACAGCCCGGCUAGCUCAGUCGGUAGAGCAUGAGACUCUUAAUCUCAGGGUCGUGGGUUCGAGCCCCACGUUGGGCGCGGAAUUUUUGUUUCCUGCUUGGCAGGGGGUUGGACUCGAUGGCCCUGUGGUCUCUUCCAGCUCUAUGAUUCUAUGAGUCCUACCCUCCAGAGCAGGAGAAAGCAUACUUGUUCCCUCUUCUAUGUGACAGCCCUUCAGAUAUUUGAAGAUGGCUAUUAUAUCUCCUCUCAGUGUCCUCUUUGCCAGGCUAAACAUACCCAGCUCCUGCAACUGUUCCUCAUAAGGCUUAGUUUCCAGACUCUUGAUCAUCUUGGUUGCCCUCCUUUACACUUGUUCCCCACUCCCCCGCCCCCACUCUCAGAGAUCAUCUGAGUAUGGUCCUCUGAAAACUAUUGACUUCUGUGAUUCAGCUUGUGGGCACCAAAAAAUAGACCUUCUCUUUAGUGCAGAACAGUCAGUGGACUACAAGUCCCAUAAGCCCCAGCCAAUGACAGUAAUAAUGGGAGCUGUAGUCCAUCAUCAUUUGGAGGGCCAAAGCAUGGGCAGAAUUUGGUCUUCCAAAUUUCAGCAGUGUCCUGUGUGAGGCCAAAAUUCUGCUCAAUUCACGAUGUCAUAGUUGUACCAACCUACGGCGCUCCCUAGGCUUGGCACCCAGUGCAGCAGAACUGGUCAUGUUACCCUAAAUCUGCCUCUGUCAGCAGGUCCCUCACCUGCACUCGAGGGGCACUGCAUGUUUUGAAUACCUAGCUCUGUCAAUAUUUACAGCCUUCUAGCACAAGACAGAAAUAUUUUUCUUAAGGGGAAAAAAGGGAUUGAAUUCCUGUUUCUUGCCACGGUUUUAAUCUCCAGCUGCUAUUGAAGAUUUAUUUGGUUUUCUGUUUCUGUGGCUUUGUACUAGUUCUCUGAUGAGUUGUUUUAAAAUGCAUAUUUUCUUUGAUUUCUGAUCCUUAUUUGGGCUUUUUCCUGGGUUGGGGUUGGGGUGGGGAGUUAUCUUCUACCUCCGCUUUCAGAAGCUUUAUCUGUUUGGCCACUAUGAGAAAAGGACGCUGGACUAGAUGGGCUCUAGUUGUUGUUCUCUAGUGGCAGGAUAUAAAUCUAUAAUGUACAUAGCUAAGACAGUAAAAGUAUGAGACUCUCAAUCUCAGGGUUGUGGGUUCGAGCCUCAAGUUGGACAGAAAGAUUCCUGCCUUGCAGGGGGUUGGACUGGAUGACCCCCGGGGUCCUUCCCAACUCUAUGAUUCUAUGUGCCUCAAUUGUCGUUUCGCUGCGGCACCACACUGAGCUAAGCCAUGGCUUGGCUUAGUGUAGCUGCGGAGAACAUUUUCCAGCUCAAGGGCUGCAUUUCAUCCUGGCCACAUCUUCCAAGGCCACAUGGCUGCGAUGGAGCCAGAGGCAAAAGAGAGAUUUCACUGAGAUUUGACAAAGCAAGUGGGAGGGAUGCUCUGUGUGUGAGAACCCCAUGGUUCAAAAUAAUGUUGCACACCACCCCAGUCUCCGAGCACUGCAAGAUUCUAGGGGUUCCAGGCACUCACAAGGGGUUUGUGAUUCCUUUUGGAAAUGUGGGACAGCAGAGACUGUGGUGUUUUUAUGAUAGAUGGUUUGUUUACACAUAUAUACACAUAUCUUUUGAUGGAGGGGCUCACAGCAUUAACAUCCCAAAAGGGUCUUGCUUCUCCCAUAGCCACAACCUUGGAUUCCAGCAGAAAUCCAACAGUGCUCUCCGGUCCUCUGCUUACUCCUUUUUGUGCUUCUAGCUCACAGGACAGCAAACUGCCCUCAAACUCAGGGUUUGUCCUUCUCACUAUGUAAGAGCUGGAGGAGGGGCCCCACCCAUUUUGCAUCUGGCACAGAGACCCAUUUCCUUUGUUCUCCUAGUGGCCUGUCACCUGGGCAAUCGGAUGAACACAGGAAGCUAGCCUGAUUUAUGAAACUUCUAACACUUGCUGGAUCCACAGAUUAGAAUUGUCUGACCUGCAACUUAACACCCCAUGCCUUGAUUAAAUUCUAACACUUGCCAGAUCCAGGGAUUAAAGGAGUUGGCACCCACAAACUCAUAACAAUAGAUUCUGAUGCUGAGUUGUAGCACAAAUUAUGCCCUUCUUUUGAGUCAAGCUACACAGGGUCCAGAAUCAAAGGCACCACUUUUCACAGAUGUGUUGUUGCAACAUUGCAAAGAUGUUGUUUCCAACAUCUUGGGAAAUGCUAGUUUUGCUGGGUUUAGGGGGGGGGAGCCUCAGGCCCAGGGGCUCCAAUGUCUCCUUCCGGGCCCCAGUAUCUUUCAGUGUCUCCUUCCGGGUCCCUUUAGGAUUCUUCUCAGGUCACACCCCCUUACUGGCCUUGCUAUGCACCCUCCUGGAGAGCUCUUGCCUGGCCUGGAACAUGUUCUUGAAAACUCUAAUGAUGCCCCUUGCUUGCAUGGGUGGAGGAUGGAGAGGGGCAUCUGUGAGUGUGUGAACUAGCCUGCUUUGCAAAGGUAAAAAAUUAGCAUUUGUUGCUCUGUCCACUUUGGCCUUUGGCCCUGACCAGCACUAGCAUGCACCCCCAGGAAGUUUGCCUGGAAGGGAAUUGGUUUUUUUGGUUUUUUUUUAAAGGUACCAGCAGGACAGCAGCAGGAGAAAGAGAGAGAGGAGAAGGAAGAAAAUAAUAGAAAAAGAAGUUAGUUGUAGCUACAUAUGGCAACUCCCACCAAGUGCCAUAUGUGGGGGAACAGUUAAUUCUUCUAACAAGAGGUGGGGAUGCAAGAAGUGGAAAUGUUGUUUCGCAGCCUAAUGUGACUGUCACUGAGGCAGAAUUGCUUCUGAAUAUCCCUUGAUUUCUGCGCCACAGUAGGGGCUUGAUAGAAAACCAAAGCAGAUGCCUGGAUUUUAUCUAGCCAUCAGAAGUGGAUGAUUUUGACAUAAUGUGGAAUGGUGAAAUGUCAAUUGUGGCAUUCCAGCAUUCCCCCCCCCCCCAAGGCCCGCUUUGCCCUCCACUGAGUCAUGCUGGCAGUCCCUAUCAAUCAAGCGUAAAUGGUUAUUAUUUAUUGGAUCUAUACCCUUCCAUUUACUCGGCAGCAAACAAGGAUGCAACUUGAAAACAAAGCAAAAGCAUGCUGGAACGGUUAAGGCAUUCUAAACAAAAGCAAUUGCAUUUUUAAAAAAACCCUACAGGAGCUACAGCGGAAAACAUUCCUCCAUCCCGUGGUCACGGGGUUGCCAGGACCAGCGUUCUGCAGCCACCAAAUGCCUUGGGAAACCCAUGAUUUGAUUUUUUUAAGGUAAUAAUGCUGGAGAUGGCCACAUCUCACUGAUGACCCAGCACCUUGUGGGAUGCCAAAGCUUAGCCACGCACUGGCAGACCGUGAAGAUAAAUCCGACAGGGUUUUGCUGAGAGACAAAACAGGGAAGGUUGACAAGGAGCAGGCAGGUUGGGAGGAACUGCUUCUGAGCUGCGUUUGGCUGGAGGUGCCGGGUGCUUAUAAAUAAAUCAGCAUGCAGUAGGUUUUAACACAUCCCCAGAAGAACAGACAAGCCCACUGGGUGUGGCUUGUUGGGCCAGCCACUGACUGCAUACAGACUUUACCAACAAAUUCUGGAAACUGUAGUUUACGCCUCACAGAGCUACAGUUCCCAGCACCUUUAACUAUAGUUCCCCAGGAUUCUUUCAGGGAGGGGGUUUGCUCUGGGUGUGCUUCAAAGGUAUGGUGUGUACACAGCUGUCUUCUGGUUUAACCUUAUGAGUGUAAAAUGGAUGGUGGGAAGCAACCAUUGAUGCCACUUUUGAGCUCCUAGGCAGGAAAGCAGGAUAUAAAUAUAGAGAUAUAUAAAUGAUGGUGCAUGCUCAGAUGUACUCUUUUCUUGGCUAUCCCUGGCCUUACAUGCCUUGGAGAAAGCUAGACUCCUGGAUGUCAGAGAAUCCUAACAUUUUAGAGUUGGAAAGGACCACAAGGAUCAUCAAUUCCAACCCCUUUGCAAUCCUUUGCCCAGUUUGUGGCUUGAACCCAUGUCCCUGAGAUUAAGAGUUUCAUGCUCUACCAACUGAGCUCUCUCUCUCUCUCUGUGUGUGUGUGUGUGUGUGUGAGAGAGAGAGAGAGAGAGAGAGAGAGGCAAGGAAGCAGCCUACCUCUUCUUGAAAUCCCUGUUUCUUGGGAUACCCUUAGUACUCAUAAUGGACCUGAUAUGACAGUCCUGGAGCAACCUCUCUCUGCCUCUCUGGCUGUCCUACCUCACAGGGCUGUUGUAAGGGCAAAAUGUUAGCGUGAAAGCUAGGCAUGCCACCAUAAGCUCCUGACAGGAAAGGAUGACAUAUGCAGACUGACACAGAGGCGCCCCCCCCAUCAAACCCUUAUUUCCAGCAAGUAAAACUCUGGGCAAAGGGUAGGAAGGACUGCAUCUCAGCAGUGGAGCUGCUUUCCAGGUCCAAUCCCCGCUGGCAUCUCCACGCAGCACUGGGAAAUGAGUCCGUGCCUGACACCCUGGACAGCCGCUGCCAUUCAGGGUAGACAAUACUGAACUACACAGCUGCCCAUGUUCCUGGAAUCAUAGAAUUGUAGAGUUGGGAGGGUCCCCUGAAGGUCGUCAACCCCAACCCCCUGCAGUGCAGGAAUCUCAACAAAAUCUUAAUAGAACCCAUAUCCCGGCUCCCCGCAGGGUUCGUCAAGCUCUGACAGACCCUUGUGGAGAAGGAACCAUUUGCGUCCAACUACUAAUAGCCCAAUGUGUGUGUGUGCGCGCGCGCGCGAGUGCGCGCCUUCGCUCUACUGCCUUCAAGACAGAAGGCACUCUGCGCACGCCCCGACGCUCUUUGCUCCCGCCCCGAGUUUUGAAGCGACGCUGAAGGAGGCGCGAGGAAGGGGGCGGGUGAGUGCGCGCAGGCUUCGGCAGCGGGCAGCUGGCUUUCCUUCUCCUCCUCCUCCUCCCCUCCGCACCUCGGGGACUCCCGGCUCGGCUGGGGGUGGUGCUCCCGAGUCCCGACCCUGCCUGCCUUGCCGCCGCCGCCGCCGCCUGCCACUUCCCCUUCCUUGCGCCGCCCGCCUGCGAUCCAGCUCCGGGUCAGAGCGCGGCGCCUCCCCGGCCCUCCGUCUGCUGCACCCAGCGGCGGCAAUUGCUGCCAACAUGGGACGUUCGCGGAGCAGAGACUGAGCAGCCGGGUGAGUGCUUGACCGCCCCCUCCUUCUUCUCCAACUUUUCCUCCGAUCCCCCCUUCCUCCUAAGCCCCUCCAUUCAUGGGCUCGGCGUCGCCCCACCGCCGCGUUCGCCUCGCCUUUCCUGCGCCCCCUCUUCUCCAUAGCAGGGGCGCCCAUACUUUGCGCGCCUCAGCAAGCCCCUUCUGCGCCCCCGCCAUCUCCGCUUGCAGAUACCCAGAUGUCUGCCUGCGCCCUUCACGUCUCUCAUCCACCUUCCCAUUGCUUCUCAUCAGCUGGUCUCUUCUGAGAUCUGUCCCUCCGUUGGGAGGCUUACUUUCCCCUCUCUGGCCGGUGAGUUCUUGGUCUUUUUGGCCGGGAGAGCUUCGGCUCUUUCCUGCCCGGACCUACAUACGAGGGUCAGCUUGUCCCCAUGCUUCCCCCUCCAGGCGUCUAACUUCCUGCACCCUCCUUCCUUCUCCCUCGCUAGGGUCUCUUGCCUCGUCUACUUGCCUUCCCUCCCCGCUUUAUUACACCGCUUUCUACCCUGCAGCGGGCAAGAGCACGGGGCACUCCGCAUGGGGACUUUACAGAGCAGGAACAGGAGCAGGUCCCUGCCCAGAUGAGCUUACAAGGCUAAAAUUGGACACACGGGAAACAGCAGUGGAGGCACUACUAAGCAGGAGCAGAGUAUGGGGCUAUUUCAAUUGCACAUGCUUUGGGAGAGUUGGUCUCUAUCACUUCUUUCUCGCAGUGGGGGAUGUGAAAGACCACCAGAGAACCCCACUUUGCCACACCCAAGCCAACACCCCCAGUGAAACAUCCCCUAUCCAUUGCAUCCACAGAUGUCUGCCUUUUCUGUCCAUUCUGGCAUGUGCUGAGUGUUUGCGUUUUCUGUGUCUGACUUCUUAUGAUCCACACCUCCCAGGUGUAUGUGGCUUUUCUGCAUGAAACUGCCACAGAGGUGGGAGAAAUUUAUGGCCCUCCAGAUGUUGUUGGACUAAAAACUACAAGAGCAAUACUGGGGGGGGGGGGGGGCUGACUGACAGCCAGGUCAACCCCUGGACUGAUUGUACAUAGGAAGGCAGGCGGCGGGGGGGGGGGGGCGUGGUACCUGGGGGCCAAAUGAGCUUGGUGGCCAAUGGAUCAGCCUGCAUUGAAAGGCUGAAAAUUCCAGAAACUGAGAUAAAUGUGUUUCUUCCCAACCAAUCUCUGAUAGACUCAUAAUUUGUGUGAGUGUUUUCUCAAAGAAGAUUAUACAGUAUAUGAAAGGCUGUCUGUAUUCCACAGCAGCCCAUAUUUUGGAGUUGGGAACAAUUCACUUACCUGAAUUUCCUUUAAAAAAACAAAACCAAAAAACCCCCGAACCCAGCCAAGUUUCUAGCUUUUAGGAAUACCUAGAAAAUUCUAUUUUAUAUACAUGUUGCGGGUAUGUGUGUUAAGUGCAGUGCACACCUGGCCUGGUUGUUUGUUGUUGGCAUCUGUCUGUCUCAGCAGACAACGGAGGAGUGCGCCUUUGGGGGUGAGGUCAGUCUGUUGGGAGGUCGCAGCGCCUGCUGUGAUUGUAGAGACCAAUACGGGAGAGACAUAUUUUGUUGCAGCUGGGGCAGAUGGAGGCAUCCAAUUCUGCUACUGCAUAGAAGCAAAAUGCUGAAAGGGAGCUUUUAGGAAAGAUCUGUGAGCAGAAUAUUGUACUCCUGCUGGUUACUGGUGGGUAGUUUCUGAAAAAGAAAAUCCACAAGACAUGAACAGUUAUGACACAGUGUCUUUUGUGUGAAGACCUGUACACCAGUCAUAGGUAGGUUGAAUUCAGUCUUGCUUCUCCAUUAUUCAUGGGCCACAUGUGAGUUUUAAAGCAGGAAUGGUUCCUCAGGAUCUCUGAACAGUUAAGGCAGAGCUUAAUGUCAGUGCUUUUUUAAAACAAACAAGCAAACAGGAAUGCAAGAAGAGCCCUCCUGGAUCAGACCAAAGGGGGCCCCAUCUAGGCAGGUGGGAGCUUGGUGGGGUAUUUAACAUUUGUAUGUUUUAAAGUCUGGUUGUGAGUUCUUUUUGAUUCUACAGUUUUAUGUUUUGUAAACCACUUUGAGGGUGUGUGUUUUUUUACACAAGGAAACAGUGUAUAAACACUAUGGAAUGAAUGAAUGAAUGAAUGAAUGAAUGAAUAACGCCAUUUGCAUCUUCUCUGACCAUUGGCUAAGCCAGCUGGGGAUUAUGGGGGUUGUAGUCCAAGAACUCCUUGGGGGUUAAAGAACAUUGACCAUUAUAAUGGAUAGCCAAAACAGUGCCCUCUAGAUAUUGUUGGAUCCCAGGCCUGAUCAGCCCCAAACAACAUAUCCAGUGGUCAGGACACCACCAUGUUGACUGACUCUGGUUGGCUGACUGGCAACCACCCUUUAGAGUCUCUGACAGAGGGAAGAAGACGCCAGGGACUGAACCUGGGGUCUUCUGCAUGCAAGACAGGUGCUCUACUACUGAGCUACAGCCCCUCCUCUAAAUAAAGUGUUCAUGUCAACACUGUGAUGCAGCAGCAAAAAGAGGGCAAAUGCUAUUCUAGGCUGCAUCAACAGAAAUCUAGCGUCCAGAUGAAGGGAAAUUAUAGUACCACUUGGCUAUAGUACCACUUCUGCCUUGGUCAGACCACACCUGGAAUACUGUGUCCAGUUCUGGGUGCCACAGUUUAAGAAGGACGUUGACAAACUGGAAGGUGUGCAGAGGAGGGCAACGAAGAUGAUAAAGGGUCUGGAAACCAAGGCUGACGAGGAAAGGUUGAAGGAGCUGGGUAUGUUUAGUCUGGAGAAGAGGAGACUGAGGAGAUAUGAUAGCCAUUGUCAAGUAUCUCAAGCGCCAUUACAUGGAAGAGGGAGCAAGCUUGUUUUCUCCUGUUCCAUAGAGUAGGACCUGAACCAAUGGCUUUAAGUUACAAGAAAGGAGAUUCUGACUAAACAUCAGGAAGAACUUUAUGACGGUAAGAGCUGUUUUGUAUUGGAACGGUCUCCCUCGGGGGGUUGCAGAAUCUCCUUCCUUGGAGGUUUUUAAGCAGAGAUUGGAUGGCUAUCUGUCUUGAAUGCUCUUGUUGAGAAUUCUGCAUUUCAGUGGGGUUGGACUAGUAGAUGAUCGUUUGGGGUUUCUUCCAACCCUAAGAUUCAGUGAUUCUAUGUGAGCAAACACCUGCCUGUUCCUGCUCCACAACUGCUCACAUGGAUGAAAGCAUUUAUGGCUGUAAAGUCACACAGAGAAGGAGAGAGAACACACAGGCAUUUUUAUAGAAGCAUAGGGUGCACUUCAACCUAAACAUCUCUAAAGGGUCACCUGCAGCUAUUAUUAUUUAAAUUAAUUUAUGUAGCUACUUGGGACGCGGGUGGCGCUGUGGGUUAAACCACAGAGCCUAGGGCUUGCCGAUCAGAAGGUCAGCGGUUCAAAUCCCUGCGACGGGGUGAGCUCCCGUUGCUCAGUCCCUGCUCCUGCCCACCUAGCAGUUCGAAGACACGUCAAAGUGCAAGUAGAUAAAUAGGUACCGCUCUGACGGGAAGGUAAAUGGCAUUUCCGUGCGCUGCUCUGGUUCACCAGAAGCGGCUUAGUCAUGCUGGCCACAUGACCCGGAAGCUGUACGCCGGCUCCCUCGGCCAGUAAAGUGAGAUGAGCGCCGCAACCCCAGAGUUGGUCACGACUGGACCUAAUGGUCAGGAGUACCUUUACCUUUAUGUAGCCACUUAUCUACCGAUAAGCACAUAAUCCUUGUGUGACUUGCAGCAGAACAAUGUUUAGAAGCACAACAUGGAGUAGUUCAAAAUCAUCAAUGGACAUCGAAAGACAGUGGGGAGGAGGAGCACUUUCUUUAUGUAGGACCUUUGUUGAACUUACUGAAAUUACCCGAAUCUAAUGCUCACCUUUUUUGGCCAAAUUACGUUGCGAAAAUUAAGGUUCGCAUUAGAUUUGAUGGUACAUUAGACUUGAGUAAAUACGGUAGGUUCCAGCAGAUGCUCUCAGCAUCCUUAGAGGGGAGAAACAUAGGAAUAGCUCAUAUGGCAUGUUGUUGUUGUUGUUGUUUAGUCGUUUAGUCGUGUCCGACUCUUCGUGACCCCAGGGACCAGAGCACGCCAGGCACUUCUGUCUUCCACUGCCUACCGCAGUUUGGUCAGACUCAUGUUUGUAGCUUCGAAGAAACUAUCCAACCAUCUCGUCCUCUGUCGUCCCCUUCUCCUUGUGCCCUCCAUCUUUCCCAAUAUCAGGGUUUUUUCCAGGGAGUCUUCUCUUCUCAUGAGGUGGCCAAAGUAUUGUAGCCUCAGCUUCACGAUCGGUCCUUCCAGUGAGCACUCAGGGCUGAUUUCCUUAAGGAUGGAUAGGAUUGAUCCAUAGUCCCUGGGUCUAUGGAUGAAAUGAGGCUAUCAUGCACUUUCUGUUGUUUUCCCUUUAUAUAUGAUGCCCAGAGAAAAAUUCUUCUCUCUUAUUUUUUCUUGGUUCUCAAAUUGACCCGCCCACCCCCUGUCCCGGAAGUGAUAGUUGAGCUCUUAGCCAAUAAAUAUAUGCAAAUUACAACACCUGGUAGCCAAAUUUGCUCUGGGAGCUAAGAAGCUUUGCUCCAGUUAUGUUAAUGCAUUGAAAUUUUAAACUUACAGACUUCAGUUGUGUGAUUUUGCCUUGCUUUUGCCCUUUGUCAUUCAUUGUGAAGGCCUCAGCUAUAUACAGUCAAUUGGCAUAAUAGAGGCAACAUAAAAUAAAAUUUUAAAGCCUGGGUGAAUGAAAAUAUGUUUGCCUGUUGUUGCUGAGAGGUAUCAGGUGAGGAGGGUGCUGCUACCAAAAAAGUCCCUUUCCUGGGAAAGACUCUCUGUUUGAAAUCCUGGUGAUCCGCCGUCACUCGGCAACAUGGAGCUCAGUGGACCAAGGCAGCUUCCUAUAGCCCUAAACAGCUGGAGCAGGCCCCCUGAAGGUGGUCUUUAACAUUUUGGGAUUCCAGAUGUUGGACUACAAUUCCCGCCCGUCAGCUUUAACUGUUAGCCAUGCUGACUGGGGUUUGUGGGAGAUGUAGUUCAGCAAAACCAGGAGGGCUGGGUGAUACCCAGCUAACUCAUUAACAUCCAUUCACAUCAAGGGAUAUAUAAACCAAACCCAUUGAUUUCACGGGGUCUUGACCAACACUGACCAUCAUCUGACUACAACCAUACAUAAGAGUCUACAAGGGUCUUACAGUCAUCUUCAGAAAUCUAGCUCUUCGGCUCACUCACUGGGGAGAUCAGAGUGGCCGGCUACCAGGCGCAGGGCUUUUUGGGUGGUGGCCCCAUCCACAUUUCCUGAAUUCUCUUCCCAUGAAGCUCUGUCCUGCUCUUCCCCCUCCUCCCUCCUUUCAAAGGGUGCUGAGACCUUUUCUGUCCCUCAAGGCCUCUUAUUAGGAAUUUCCACUGCCCUGGCAUGUUUGGAGGGUAGAAGGUUUGCUUUUGCACUGUAUUUAAUGGACACAACUAAGGUCGGGUAACUUCACUGGAUCUACUCUGAGUAGGACUCAAUUGAAUAAAACCUGUGGUCUUUACUUGGAUUUAAAAUUGGGUGGGGGUUUUUUUGUUUGGCAUGAGCUGCUUUUGUGGGAUGGUAAUAACCGUACAGGCAAUAACCUUUUACGUUUGUCCGACAUGUGCAUGACAAUGCGCAUGUGCAUCACCACAACCCAGAAGUGACUGGCAGAGCAGGGCAGGGGGCAAAGCAGGGUGUAAGGAGCUCAUGCAUGCUCCACUGACAUGCAUGGGGCGGGGCGGGGCGGGGCUCUGAAUGUCCUCCCCACACAAAAUGGUCGUUAUCUGUAAUAAAAAUAAAUAAAGCCAAUUGCACCCUCCCCUCCAAGACUAUCCCCACGUAGCUCAGGCCAUGAGAAAAGCCAUGCAUAGGGAGCAAGACACUAGGAGAUACGUGGCCCAAAAUUCCCUGCAGCUUCAUUAACUCCAGAUGUUUCAAGGGAGCCAAAUUGUGGGUGAAAGGGAGAGGCACAUUGGCGCAAAAUUACCCACAACCUAGCACACACUUCAGUAUGAUUUCAUUGCCCACUUUGCAGUCGGCUGUGCAGAUAGGCUGAAAAUAAACUUGCCCCCUCCCCUCCCGAUUCAAAUUAUAGUUUGGAGCCUGAGGGCGUGGUGGGAGAAACGCUUGCCUGCCUUGUGGUCUCAGCGUGGCCACCAAGGAGAGCCUUCGUGAAAGCCAAAGCCACAGAGGCAACUGGCAGUUCUCAAGGGGUACAGCUGCAAAAUUGCAGGCAUGGGGAGCGAGAUGUUCCUUCCUCCCUGCCCUGCACACAUCUAGUAUUGCACAAGCCACUGAGACUUUUGUCACGAGGCAGGACGUGCUCACUAACAAAAGAAUUUUUUUCUAAAAAACUAACCUGUUGCUUUUAAAGAAUUCGUUGAUCAGUAAACUCUGCAUAAUUUUUUCAUGUAGCUCAAAACAGCCAUUCGGAAGGAAGGAGGGAGAGGGAAAUGUUUAUUUCCUUUAAUUAUAAAUGUUUACAACUCACUUACUUGAGUGGCCACAUUAUUAAGGGCUAAAGGGUAUGAAAAGUAUUGUGGGAUUGAUUGGGGGGGCUUGGGGUAUGUUAUAAGGCACUAAAUCAGUUUCUAACACGAUUUUAAGCUUGAAAUACACUAUGGGUUCUGACCUACUCCAAGUAGACCCUUUGAAAUUAAUGGACCUAAGUAAGUUGCAAUCAUUCAUUCCAAUGGGUCUACUCUGAAUAGGACUAGCAUUGGAUACAACUCGUUUUUGUUUUAUUUAAAAAAUACACAUGAUGGCAUUUAGAACGUUUGCCCUCACAGCACCCCUGCGGUGCAGGCCAGUGUUCAGACCAUGUGUCCUUUAUUUGCUUAAAAUGAAAGAUCAGCACGAAACAGCCAAAUGACCUGCACAAAACAUCAUCAACAACAAAAGGUAUCUGGUACUGUUAUACGGAUGGAAAGCUGAGGCUGAAGGCAAAUGCUUGCCCACCAUGGACUCUGAGCUCAGGGCAGAAUGGUGGGUAGCUGAAGCUAGAGAAAGACUAGGGUCACAUUAGCCAGGAUUCUCCUAAGGGCAUACUACAGUGAGGUCGUUACCCCCUGGCAUCUCUGCACAGAAACCCUGGGAACUGGAGUGAAAGCCCAGCUCUCUUUUAGACCAGCAAUGUGAUGCUUAUGAUUCCAGUCUUUUUCGGAAGGCAGGAAGCAGUAAUGCAGUUAAGCAUUUUCAAACUCUGGACUUAAUGGUCUUAUGGAACACGCCCACCUGUAGGUGACAUCUCCCCUCUUUGCUUUAUUUAAAAUGUGCUAUGCCAGCCCCAGCUGCAUUUAGGGGGGGGCCACGCUCAUUGUCCUGAGUGCAGUCCUGGCAGCACCAAGGGAGAACCUAGGAGCUGCAUUUUACCAGGGCAGGCAAUUUGCCCAUCUACUAUGUAUUUCCUGCACUGACUGGCAGCUGCUGCCAAGGGUCAAGCAGAGGCAUAAUAUCUUCUGCUUCAAUUUUCUUUUUAAACUGGAGAUGCCAGGGAUUGAACCUCAGAUCUUCUGAGUGCAAAGCAGUGGGUCAAAUAAUUCUAGCCUCCCUUUUCUAUAUAUUUUUAAAGCUUUUGUACCCCACUUGCCUGCUGAGGUGUUCUGGAGAACUUGAAAGCUUGGCACAUUUUUAUGAGUUUUAAAAUGUAUUUUUUGAUUAUGUCUUGAUAGCUUUGUCUCAUUCAUUUAAUAUGGCUGCAAAGUGGGAGCUUGGAUGACUGACCUGAUGUUCCUUUCUCUCUCUCUCUCUCUCUCUCUCUUUCUGGCCACAGUUGUUUGAUGCACACGAUCUAUACACGGGAGACAAUUUCCCCCAGGUGCUGAAUACCCUUGCAGCUAUAAACAAGGCUACAGAAGGUAAGAAGAAGGGGGGGAAUAGUUGAAUUGAAUGAAAUGUUCGCUGUGGCGAUGGAAUGAUAAAAUUAAAUACACUAUUGAAGUCAUACAACUGGUUAAAAAAAAUUUAAACUGAGAAUCCAACAAAACAUUUCUCCUAACCUGCACUGAAGUCAGAUAAUUUUUUAAUUUUUUUUGCAACCUCCUGUGUAAUAUGGGAAGAAACAUUCCUGAAGCAAAACAAUUCCAAAUCUGCAGAAGAUCUUCCUAGCAGGGUUCUUCAUAGGGGGAGAAUCAGUCCCUCUCUGUGCUCUCAUUAUACAAGUUACAAAGCAAACUAACCUGAUCAACAUACCGUACUCUGUUGCUGCAGCUACACACAGAAAAUGACAUUCGUUGACCAGGAUAUUAUUAAAUCAUCUGUUUAUCAAUGCAGAGAGUAGCACAUGAAUGCUCUCCUUGAUUUGGAGACAGUCAGUUUAUGCAUGUAUGAAGCGCUAACAAUUCCGUAAUUUAGGAUAUUAUUAAGGAGUAAUGGAGAACAAAAUCCAUCAGCUGCAGUUCUCAGAUACUGUAUAUCUAAGCCUAUCUAUCUCUGUGAUAAUAAGAGAAUUAGGCCUUCUUUCAACUGUCAGUUGUCUACACACCCAAAAGAGUUUUCUCCAUGUGUCUUUUCGGCUGAAUGUCUCUACCAGAAGCAUCUCCCAGCCCCCAUCAUUGCAGCGUUUGCACUUCCCCAUUGGUAGUUUCAGUGCGAGAUCCAAUUUCGGUUCAUCAGGUGCAAAGCAGGCAAUGUCCCUUGUGCCUUUAAAGAGGUGUGGCCAGUUUGCUGAAACAGCCUGUCAGUGCAGAAGUGAGAAAGCGCAGCAUCUUUUUCCUCUACAGCGCAACUGCUUCAUGUACAACUGAGUUCUUUCUUUUGUUGUGAAGAAGCAGGAGCAAUCAGAACACGCACACACAAACAUCCUCCUGCAAUGGUACAGUCUUGGAGAAGCUGCACCACCUAAUUGUUGAGUAUAUAAAUUGGCUUUUGCACCAAUCCAACGAGGAGAAUAUAUUCCUUUUAUUAUUGUACCCCUAUAUUAAAUUUUAUAGUCCUAUUCUUUCUUCCCCUUUAACCAAACUCUCAUGACCUCGACUGUUAAGCAGGGCAAAUCCCAUAUCUAAAUGCUAGGAAACAAACCUUACACUUAAACAGCUCAGGACCACAAUACUCAAGGACCGCCUCUCCCCAUAUGAACUGACCUGCACCCAGUGAUCAUCACCUGAGGCCCUUCUUCCCGUGCCUCUUCCAUGAGAGGUCUGUAGGGUGGCAACAUGAGAAUGGGCCUUCUCUGCAAUGGCUCCCCAUUUGAGGAAUCCUCUCCCCAGGGAUGUUCACCGGGUGCCUUCAUUAUAGAUAUUUAUGCACUAGGUGAAAAUGUUCCUUUUCAACGAGGUCUUUAACUGAUUAUUGUUCUAUGGCCUUUUACAUGCACGUGGGGGGGGAGUUGUUUUGUUUUUGUUUUAACUAUUUAUCUUUGUGCUUUUAUCCUGUAUUUUUAUCUUGUGAACUUCCCUGAGAUCUUUGCAUAAAGGGAGGUACAUAUUGCUCUGCUUUCCUUUGGACCACUUCAGCAAGGCCAAGGGGGGGGGUGUCUUGUUGUCAGGGUUGUGCCCUGGAGAGGUCGCUUUGGCACUGCUAAUGCAAUGGUUUGACUUCACCCCCCAGAGAUGCAGUCCAUUGUCUCUUGAGACAGAAGGAUGCCAUCAGCCUACUGGUGUGAGUGAAAUUUACUGUGACAUAGCUGUAAAUUGGUACCCCGGUGUGAAAGGGGGCAGAAGCACUAGCCUUACAGGGUUCGUCCAUACUUUUGCUUGAUCUGUAUUCUGAUUGUAUUGUGUACUGAUUGGGGGUUGGACUAAAUGACCCUUGGGGUCCCUUCCAACACUACCAUUUUAUGGUUUUCUGGGCCCAAUACCUUUUCUCAUUAUUACAUGGCUGUGCUUUGCAAAAAUCUUAACUUACCUGCUGAAUUGUGGAAAAUCCAGAGAGAGGUUUUGCUUAACCAAGCUUCAGUUCAGCAGGUAAGACUGGGUUUUUGCAAAGUUCAACCAUGGAACAAGAAAAGCGCUCAGACCAGGGGGAAUUAAUAGGUGUGCAGUACGAUCAGCUUCUCAUGCAAAAGUGUGGCUGAACCCUGAAUAAGUAAAACUAACAAAAUAAACCCCACGUGUGAAUGCAACCCUAUUGUUACUGGAGAAGGCAGCAAAUCCAGAGCUCUUAUUAUUGCCAGAUAUUUGGCAAGCAGUGCCCUUCCUGCCGAGUUGUCUGGCUGGCAAAGCGCAAUGGAACCCAAUGUUUAAAGUUUAAAUCCUUACAAAAUGCAAACAGUGAAUUGUCAAUGUAUGUUGCCGAACAGACGUUUCAGCUAAAUUCUAACCAGAUUCUAAUAAUAGACUUUGGCUCCAGUGUCUCAGCAUGCAUCAUUUUGCUUGCAGAGUUCUGUCUAGAAUAAAUCAAUGGACUGUUUGGGAGAAAGCAUGGCAGGGUAGUGCCUUGUUACGGCUGUGAGUUCUGUAUUUGUGGUUGGUAUUUAGAUACUGGUGGUUGCUGAUCUUUUGUUUUCUGCCGGAAGGAACUGGGAAACAGGCAAUGAAACCACAGACCUUUGCAGUUCAGUACAGCUUAUCGAGAAAUGGUGAAGAGAUAUCUUUUGGACAGAGAGGGGCAUUGUUAUAAUACCUAAGGCAUAGGCCCUCAACACAAAACCUGCAUAGAAUUUGCAUAUGCUAACGUAGAUAUAUAAGAGGUUAUAUGCACUGUUACUCAUACACAUAGGAGACCCAUUGAAAUUAAUGGACACUAUUAACUUAGGUCCAUUAAUUUUAAUUAUUUUUACUCUGAGUAACAAAAAGAAGGUCCCCAAAUAUGAAUACCAAAAGACCAAAAGCAAAAGAAAGGAUAUACAGUGGUGCCCCGCAAGACGAAUGCCUCGCAAGACGAAAAACUCGCUAGACGAAAGAGUUUUCCGUUUUUUGAGUCGUUCCGCAAGACGAAUUUCCCUAUGGGCUUGCUUCGCAAGACGAAACGUCUUGCGAGUUUGUUUGCUUUUUCUUAAAGCUGCUAAGCCGUUAAUAGCCGCUAAGCAGCUAAUAGCCGUGCUUUGCAAGACGAAAAAACCACAAGACGAAGAGACUCGCGGAACGGAUUAAUUUCGUCUUGCGAGGCACCACUGUAAUGGAAUCAUAGAAUUGUGGAGUUGGAAGUGACUAUAAUGGUCACCUAGUUCAACCCACUAAAAAAUGAAUAAUGAUUAUUUAAACAUGCACUUGGAGUAUAUGCAUAUUCAAAUAGUCAUUAUUUUUGAAAUCUUUUCAUUGUAUCUUGAAUUCCCGUGACCUUGUAUUUUUGUUCUCUUCUCUCAGUAAAACAUAGUGGCAUACAGCCAUGUAUAUGUGUGUAAUUAUAUUACUAGCAAAAAGUGCCUAGCAUUGCUCAGGUAUGAUAAGAAAACAAAUCAAAACAGUGCAAUUUUGAAAGGGUCAUCUUGAUACCAGGUGGUGCCUUAUGAUAUCCAAAUAUAUCCCCACUCCUCCAUUUCAGGAACCAUCACAACAUAUGGGUGACUACAUCUUCAGAGGUGUCCAAACCAGUGAAGCUUGGAAUGGUUUGGUCCACCAUCUUGAUUCAAAAUGGUGUCUAGUGGUAUUCAAAUGUAUACAGAAACCUGCUCCCCCCAUGUUGGGCAACAUUAUCAAAAUGUGUAUGCUGAACUUUACAAGAAGAUAAUGUCUUUAUCUCAGCAGUGAGAGCUAGCAACUUAUGAGGAAGCCAUGCAUAGGUAAUGUUAGGUGCUGCCCUUCCCCAGUUAUAGAUGUGUGCAGGAGAGGAUCAGGUAUCCUGCCCCGGGCAGAGUUCACACAGAGAACUGGGAAAGCAAAGUGAGAGUUCAAGCAAGGAACUAGACCCAUGGAGACCUCUGACUGGAUCUGUAUGACCAAGAGAAGUAGACCAGCAAAAUGCUAGAGCCAACUGAAGGAGGCUGCAGGCAGGUCAAGAUGGAGUCUCUGAUGCCUGGGGAUAUCAAUGGCCAUUGGACGAGCUACUGAGGGUCCCCUUACACUGAGGGUUUCAACAGGGUGGUGUCUUCUGGAGGUAACUCCUGCCCUCGGGACUUCCUUGUCUCCUCUUCAUCACAGAGGGUCUGUCUUCUGGGGUGUGACACCUUGCUGGUAAGAAAUAAUAAAAAGGGGAAGAAAUAAUAAUUAGGCCCCCUAAUAAUUAGGGUUGGUGAUAGAGCAUCUGCUUUGCCUGCAGAAGGUCCCAGGUUCAAUCCGGGGCAUGUCCAUAGACCUGGGCAUGUCCCUGCCUCAGAUGCUCCAGAGCUGCUGCCAAGUGGUGCAGAUGCUACUGAGCCAAAUGGGCCAAUGGUCCGAUUUGGAAUAAGACAGCUUCGUUUCUGGUACUAAGGCUCAAUGUUAGAACACUUGCAUUGCCUUCAGAAAGGCCCAGGUUCAAUCCCCUGGGGCACCUGCAGGUCGGGCUGGGAAUGUCCCCUGUCUCAAAUGCUUGAGAGCAGCUGCCAGCCAGUGUAGUCAAUACAGAGCUAGACGGACCCAUGGUCUGUAAGGCAGCUUCCUGUGUUCCCAUGACACGCUGGCAGCCCUUGGGCAGCAGGAGCUGUGUGAGGUUGGAUCAUCUUUUGCCCUCCAACAGCAAGCCAUCCUUGGCAGCAUGCCACCCUGGAGGGAAAAUAACGUGGGCUGUGAAUGUGAUGCAUCUUCAGCAAGCAGCUUCCUUGGAGCGCACGAUGUAAGCUCGGUAUUUUGAUCUUUCAGGAUUCGCCUUUGAAUCCGAGGGGGGAAAUGAAACUCCAGAGUGUUGCAUUGCAUAGAAUGUGAUUGCAAGAUUCGGGGGGGGGGGGGGCCGUAUAUAGCACUGAUGUGUUGUGGGGAGGGUUGCCUUCCACAGUCAGUGGAAGGAAGGCGGCAGUGCAAGGGCAGUGGGUUGGAAACAGAACCCCUCCAUCUGCGAUCCCUCCCACUUCUCCGCAAACAGCUGUGGUGACUUGCAUCAAAUGUCAGCAUGUUUUUCAGUCGUGUGCAGAGUGUGGGUUUUGCGUACAAUCCGUUGUUCUGCCAAAAUCCAGGGUCCUGUUUGGCAAGCAAAUCAUGCAGAGCAGUGAGCAAUUCGACCUGCUCUCUGUGGAAGAAACCCUCCCCUCCCCUCCCCUCCCCUGAUCUUGGAAAUGGCUUGCAACAAAAUUGCUCUCCAUAGGAGAGGCCCCUGGAAAGCUUGGUAUAGUUGCAGCAAGGGCAAGAGCAGGGAGGUACAGAUCAGGGUUUUCUCCUUCCACCCCCAGCCCACCUAGCCAAGGAAUCUGCCACUUUGGUGUGCGAGCACAUGCCCCAUCUUAUGUGGGAACAAGUCUGCACUUUGCUAUAGGUCAGAGGGAGAGUGCAUGAUUUGAACGCCAAAGGUCCAUCUCCAAGUAGGGCUGCAGAUGUCUCCAUCUGAAAUCCUGGAAAGUGUUGCAAGCCACUUGUAGUGUUUCUCAAGCUUGGGUUGCACUACAACUCCCAUCAUCCCUAGCUAGCAGGACCAUUGGUCGGAGAUGAUGAUGGGAAAUGUAGUCCAACAACAGCUGGAGACCCAAGUUUGAGAAACACUCCCACAGUGUAGACACUACUGAGCUAGAUGGACCCAUGGGCUGAUUCAGGAUAGGGCAGUUUCCGAUGUUCCUAUGACAUACUGUAGAGGAAGAGCUGUGGCUCAGUGGUAGAGCAACUGUCUUGCAUGCAGGAGGAGGAGUGGGAGACACUUCCUGCCUGAAACUCUGGAGAGCUGCCGACAGUCCAUGUGAAACGUUACUGAGAUAGGUGAACCAAAAGUUCCAUGACCCUACAAACUUUUUGUUACAAGAUUUCCGAUCAGUGCAAGGAGAAUUUGAGCCGUCAGACUUACUGGGCUUUAAAAGAAAACCAAACAAAAACCAUAGGGUUUGUAUCCAGUGCUAGUCCUACUCAGAGGAGACCCGCUGAAGUUAAUGGACACGAGUAACUUGGGUUCAUUCAUCUCAGUGGAUCAGCUGCUUGCAACCCUAAAUGGAGUAGGAAUAGAAAUCGAAACAUAACUUCUGCUAAAGAGACGACUGUGCAGACUUUAAUGCCACAGUAGCUAAAAUAUAUUUAAAUGACACAAUAAAAUAAUGAAUACAAAUACUUAAAAUGCAAUAAUAUAUCCAAAUGAAUUCUUUGAUCCACAAAUGAGUGUGAGAAACAGUAAGACCAAACAUGUUUCAACCUAGGGGUGUCUUCUUCAGUGGUCCACAAUUCCUGCCUCCCUACAAUUUAUCACAGAAAGGCUAAAAGAGUAUUAGGCAGAUUCAUGACACUGUGCAUGUUAACCAAGAUGGCUAAAUUUAUUUUAACUCAUAAAAUGCAUAUAUAUAUACUCCUUGAUUGUUAAAAAAAGUCAAAGAGGAUUAUGUAAAAAAUAAAACAAUAAAAUUAUCAGUAAAAAUGAUUUAAAAACAUUCAUAAAUCAUUAAUGAUAAGCUAAAAACCAGAUUAAAACAUACCUCAACAUUCUGCAUGUCUGGAUAGACUUUUCUAAGCAAGUAAUGUUUUUAACAGGUGGUGCCUGCCUAUAUCAAUAGGCAGGGAGUUCCAAAGAAUGAGUGCAAUCACACUAAAAUAACAACUUCUUAUAAAUGCAGAAUGAGUAUUAUGUUGCACCUGUAACAGUGCAGGUUGCACAGAUUGAAGCCGUUGAGUGGGCAUAUAUGUGAGUAAAGCAAUCUUGCAGGUGAGUUGUUAAGAGCCUUAUAACAGUGGUUCUCAAAGGUGUGAUGUGCCACACUGGUGUGGCAGGAGAGGAUGGCAAGUGUGGCAGGACAACCAACAUCAUAUUUUGGGAAUGAUUCAUGUUCUUGCGUAGCUCAGCUGCAUUGUUCUUUUACUUCCUGGAUGUCCCAUGAUUAUAAAGUAAAAAAGGGUAAAGGGACCCCUGACCAUUAGGUCCAGUCAUGACUGACUCUGGGUUUGUGGCGCUCAUCUCGCUUUACUGGCCAAGGGAUCCGGCAUACAGCUUCCGGGUCAUGUGGGUACUCAGAUAUAUUUUUCUUAAUACACAUCCUGUUUUCCUGUUUUCACCAGCUAUAAGAUUAUAUCACUGAGUAGAAUGUCACGGCUCUUUUGCAAAGCACCUGGCUUUGCAGCUUAUCUCCUUCUGCAUCCCAGGGCAACUGCGUAGGAUGAUUAACGUGCAUGAAAAGAUGAGCUGUUGCUGGCUGGUAGGUAGGCGCUGGGUGCUAUCAGACCUCCAAGUGUCUCCAUUUUCCAGGGACACUCCCAGAUUUAGAGAAGCCUUCCCGGUUUCUGAUUUGAUCCCAGAAUGUCCUGCUUUUUCUUAGGAAGUCCUUAUUUGCAUCAGAUAAAUAUAUUGGAGGGUAUGGUAAAGGUAAAGGGACCCCUGACCAUUAGGUCCAGUCGUGGCCGACUCUGGGGUUGCGGCGCUCAUCUCGCUUUAUUGGCCGAGGGAGCCAGCAUACAGUAAUGUGGCCAGCAUGACUAAGACACUUCUGGUGAACCAGAGCAGCACACGGAAACACCGUUUACCUUCCCGUCAGAGCGGUACCUAUUUAUCUACUUGCACUUUGACGUGCUUUCGAACUGCUAGGUUGGCAGGAGCAGGGACCGAGCAACGGGAGCUCAACCCGUUGCAGGGAUUCGAACCGCCGACCUUCUGAUUGGCAAGUCCUAGGCUCUGUGGUUUAACCCACAGCGUUGUGUUCUAUUAUAAAUCAAGCACUGCUGGGAGUUGUUUCAUUUUCCAAUGUAGUUCUUAUCAAUUAAAAAGUCAUUGUGGCAUGAACAAAUUUUUAAUCUGAAAGUGUGGCGCAGAGGAAAAAAGUUUGAGAACCACUGCUUUGUUGUCUACCAGCUGCUUCUGGUACGCAGGCUGAGACCCUACCUGCCCGCGGACUGUCUCGCCAGAGUGGUGCAUACUCUAGUUAUCUCUCGCUUGGACUACUGCAAUGCGCUCUACGUGGGGCUACCUUUGAAGGUGACCCGGAAACUGCAAUUAAUCCAGAAUGUGGCAGCUAGACUGGUGACUGGGAGUAGCCACUGGGACCAGAUAACACUGGUCCUGAGAGAUCUGCAUUGGCUCCCAGUACAUUUCCAAGCACAAUUCAAAGUGUUGGUGCUGACCUUUAAAGCCCUAAAUGGCCUCGGUCCAGUAUACCUGAAGGAGCAUCUCCACCCCCAUUGUUCAGCCCAGACACUGAGAUCCAGCUUUGAGGACCUUCUGGCACUUCCCUCCCUGCAAAAAGUGAGGCAGCCCUGUGUAGGGAAGUUUUUAAUGUUUGAUCUUUUAUUGUGUUUUUAAUAUUCUGUUGGGAGCUGCCCAGAGUGACUGAGGAAACCCAGCCAGAUGGGUGGGGUAUAAAUAAAAUUAUUAUUUUUAUUAUUAUUACACCAUGAACUUGGCCAAGUAGCACAUUGGCAAGCAUUGCGGAUUUCUGAACACAGGCAUUGAAUGCUGAUAAGGCCUCAUUCCUGUCAACAAUUGCAGUGCAGCAUUCUGCACUAACUGCAGCUCCAGAUCAAGCACAAGGGAAGUCCCACAUAGAGCACUGCAGUACUCCAGCCUUGAAGUAACCAGUGCACGAGGCAGGAUACCUCUGGAUACUGGCCACUGUGAAGCAACAGCCAGGGUGGGCUCUUGCCUUCAAGACCCAGUUAUGGGCUUCCCAUAACAGGCAUUGAUUCGAUGGGCUGCUGGCCUGACCAGCAGAGUGGCUCUUCUUACAUUCCCAGUGCUGACUUUUACAGUAUUCAUGUUGUUUUCUUUGUCUUUAAACAGAUCGGAGCGCCACCAGGCCAUGCUUCAAUCUGUUGCCGCCUAGUUCCGCUGCGGGUGACGGCCAUCCCUCCAUGCAAACAACAUCUCCUAAGUCGCCAAAAGCACUGCACGGGCAGUCAAAAGUAGUGGUAGGUUUUGUUCAAAAUCUACCCCAGGAUCCUGGGGAGACAGAAAGUGAAGAAGAAGCAAGGAGUCUAAGGUUUCAGCCUAUGCAAGUUCUGUGGCUGGGGGGGGAGGGCGGAGGAAGGUCUAAGGGGCAGAGAAAUUUCCCAGCUUCAAUCCCACUUUCCCCAAGAAUAAGCUGCUGCCUCCUCCCCACCCCACCAGAAAACCUCCCCCACAAAUCUGCAGCAUGGGAAUGCUAACAUUGGUCUACCCUACAGGGUUGUUGCAAGGGCAGGUGAAAGUGCAUAGCUGAAGCAUAUGAAUGUAGGGAUGGCCUUCAGCUUAGACAGCUACUGGCCACGAUUGAGAUGUUCUACCUCCACUCAUUCAAACGUAGCUUUGCCUCUGAAUGCUAGUUGCUGGGAGCCACAAAUGGGGAGUGUUGUCGCUGAGCUCAAAUCCUGCCUGUGGUCGUCCCCUUAGGAUGUCGACUGCGAGAGCAGGAUGCUUCCUGAUCUGGCAAGGCUCUUCUAGCAUUCAUCAUUUCUGCAGAGCACUUUUGAGAGUAAAAAAUGCUGCUUAAAAGCUGAGGAAUCUGAGAUGGCUCAGUCAGUAGAGCACAAGACUCUUAAUCUCAGGUUGCAGGUUCGAGCCCAUGGUUAGGCGAAAGAUUUCUGCAUUGCAGGGGGUUGGACUCGAUGAACCUCACGGUUCCUUCCAGCUCUAUGAUUCUAUGAUUUUAUUUUUCCCGACCGCAAUGACUUGCCUACCCAAAACAUGCAGAACUUAUUGUCAGGGGCUGGCAGGAUGCUGUGUGCACGGGGCUGGAGUCUGACUAUGGAUUUGUGGGGAAGUGUAUCAGCCAGGAGGAAAAAGUCACAGACAGGGGAAGCUUCAGAGCUGUAGGGUGCAGCACUGGAGGAAGAGGAGGAAGAGGCAGGUUGGGCAAGUGAAGGGCUGGAUGCUUCCCCGCCCUUUCUUGCACUGUUGUUUCCCAGAACCAGGAGGGGAUUGAAGAGGGAAGCACAGCGGCAGCUUCCACGCAGGUGGAAGGAGUGUGUAGCCCCCUGUUGCUGCAGGUGCUCCAUAGAGCACAGACCUUGGAAUAGCUGCCUAGAUGCUAGAUUGGUGUGAUUAGAUAUCCAGAGCUGUAGAAGCAGCUGUUAAUGUUCUCCUUGACAACAAAGAGUUACCCUUCAGCAGUGCUGAGAAGCGGCCUUGGCAUUUAUUUCCUUGUUUGUUUGUUUGUUUGUUUCCAUCAUCAUUUAUCUUGAUGUUCCUGUGCAUUAGGAGAUGACUGAAAAUGGCAAUCACCAGAUGUUGGUCAAGGUCCGAUUCCAGUUUAAGCAGACCAAUGAAGACGAGCUGUCAAUCAACAAAGGCGACAUCAUUAACGUCACCCGGGUCGAGGAAGGAGGCUGGUGGGAGGGGACCCUUAAUGGGAAGACAGGCUGGUUCCCCAGUAACUACGUCAGAGAAAUUAAAUCUACUGGUAAGAGAACCCAAUUGGUAUUAAUAUUAACUGUUACUCUUUUUCUUCUUCCGCUUAUGGGGCUGCAUACUUUUUGUAAGCAGCUGCCCCCAAUAUGAUUCAUUUGGAUGGGCAGGAUGUAAGGUUAAUAAAUGAAAUGCAUUUUUUUUUUGCUGUUUUCCCUACUAUAUGAUUUUUAGAGCACACUUCCCCCUAAUGUGUGCCUUUUGUGCACAAUGGUUGGAGAACUGUAUCACAAAAUUUGGAAAAACUGCAAAUACCAAAGGAUGGCUGUGUUCCAGUUCCCAUGUUGUUUUGAUAGGUACAAAUCAGGAAGGUUUGCAUUAAAAUCUGUGGCAGACCAAAUUUCGCCUCCAUCCCUUACCAAAAAGGAUGAUAUGAGUUGUAGUUUAGCAAUAUCUGCAGGGCCACAGAUUCUACAUUCCUACAUUAAACCGUGUGGCUGCCCAUAUCUCAAUAAGACCGGAACCUUCAUAUGGUCUGUCUCUUUGUAUGUUCGUUGAAAUUGGGAUGGUGAUGAUAUCGAUUUAAGGAUUUUGUUCCAGGCCCCCUGGCUUUGCUUUCAUAGUUUUCAGUCUGUCACUGUAAGGAGCAGAGGAUGCUUCCUUGUUUCUGUUCCAAAAUGGACCAUUUGUGUUUGUCACCCAGCUUUAAGGAAAUAAGGCCAAACAGCCCCAAGUUUAUCAUUACAGCCAUCGAGUCAUGUGUUUCUUGUAUCAGGGCAGCAAAGCUCUUACCGAGAUGGUGAUCAUACUCCCGCCCACAAAGACAACGUCUCCAAGACAGGCUUUGAUCUGUUCCAGCGUGGCUGUCAUAUGAUGGUCAUCUCUCUUGGCAUCCUGGGAUGUCCUGGAGGCUCAAAGGCUGGCUUGCCACUGUCCUGCUUCUAGGGACGUCUUGGAAGUGCCACAGGGGCUGCCCUCUUAUGGAGCCAGGAAGCACUGCAAGGGAAUGAGCAAUAAAUAGAGGCAGAGUGUGACCUUGGGGGGAAAUCAGAUGGCUCUGCUCAUUGCUGCUUUCACUCCUGCCUUGUUCUCUGGGCAAACAAACCAUAGGCUCUUUAUGCAUUAGGUUUCUAACACUGGGUUGCAAGCUCUUCGGGGCAGGGAGCUGUCCUUACAGCAGUGCUUUUAAAAAAUGGCAACGUAAUAUACAGUGGUGCCCCGCAAGACGAAUGCCUCGCAAGAUGAAAAACUCGCUAGACGAAAGGGUUUUGCGUUUUUUGAGUCGUUCCGCAAGACGAAUUUCCCUAUGGGCUUGCUUCGCAAGACGAAACGUCUUGCGAGUUCUUGUGAGUUUGUUUCCUUUUUCUUAAAGCCGCUAAGCCGUUAAUAGCCGCUAAGCCGUUAAUAGCCGCUAAGCCGCUAAUAGCCGUGCUUCGCAAGACGAAAAAACCGCAAAACGAAGAGACUUGCGGAACGGAUUAAUUUCGUCUUGCGAGGCACCACUGUAUACCAUAAUAACAUUGCAAUCGAACAGAUACAAGUAUGGAUACAAAUAAGGAAAUAAAAGUAGCAAGUAAAUCCGAAACGGAUAGCUCAGACCUGGGGUUAAACGAAGCUCUCGUGACUUUUUCCAGGCCAUACAGCUUAACAGCCUUGCUCUGUGUUCUCUACAACUGCUUUUGCCUGGCUGGAAUGUGCCCUUAAAUAAUGCCUUCUGUUUGUUUUAUUUUGUUUAACUUUUAGAAGACCUCUGAAGGCAGCCCUGUUUAGAUAAGUUUUUAAUGUUUGAAGUUUUAUUCUGUUUUUAGUGUUCUGUUGGGAGCCACCCAGAGUGGCUGGGGAAACCCAGCCAGAUGGGCAGGGUAUAAAUAAUAAAAUUAUUAUUGUUGCUGUUGCUGUUUUGUUUGUUUGUUUUGUUUAUUUGCUUCCUUGCUUGGGUGAGAGAUGGGCAGGGGGAGGGUUGAGAUUUAUUUAUUUCAUAAAAGUUACACACAGCUUGAUUGUAAAAACCCAACCUCAAAGUGGUUUACAAAAAGAAUAAAACAACGAAAUUCUCAGCUAAAAACAACAAUGUAAAAACCUUCAAAAAUAAUAAAAGCCAAUGAUAAACUAAAAACCAAAUUAAGGCACAUGUCAGCAUUCUACAUGUCUGGAGAGGCUUUCCUAAACAAAAGUCUUUCUUAGCAGGAAUCGAAAAGUGCACAGUGAAGGCACCCACCUCAUGUCAAUAGGCAGGGAGUUCCGAAGAUUGGGUUCUGUCACUCUAACAGGUUGCAAAUGUAAAAACCUCUGGCUUUUGUGUAGCUGGAAUAUGGCCAGUUUUACAAAUGUGAGAGUCACCCUGGUACACCAGGGUUGUACUGGGUGGUUUAAAAAAAAUGCUGCAAAAUUUUUAAUUUUUUUUUUUUUUUUAAUGCUGGUGCUGCUCCUUCAGGAACCUCUAAAACUACCCAGUUUGCUGGCUUUAAUGAAAGGACCUAUUGUCAACAUCAGUCAAUGCUACAGCCUGGCAAUUGCAAUCUGCUUCUUGCCUGCACAGUUGUUUAAAUUUUGCUUGAAAUACCAGCUCUUCUCACCAUCACCUGACAGAAUAACAAUUCCCACUGCUUCUCUUCCAGAUAAACCACUUUCUCCAAAAGCUUUGAAAGCAGUUGAAAGCCCACAGCUCACCAAAAAUUACUAUGCCGUGGUAAGUUCGUUAAGUCCCCAUUAUCACUCAGUGCUAUUAAUUAGACUUAUUACUCUUAUUAUCCACAGGGGAGUUGUUGUUGUUGUUGUUGUUGUUUGGAAGACUGCAGGUAUAGUCCUUGAGGUCUUACAAUAUUCUCAUUUGAACCAGAGAAGUUACUAAGAGUUCCAAAUGGGAGCAUAUUUCCCUCAAGGCAUUUGAACAUUUGCUGUCAUCAUUUAUAUAUAAAGUAAAUAAAAAAAUAUGUAAAUAUUUAUUUCUUGAUUUUUAAGAUGCAUUAUAUGUUUUGCCCCAAGAUUUAGAGAAGUACCAAAAAACUUUUCGAGGGAAUUAUUUACUGAGCGUUCAUUCUGACUUGUUUGCGGGGAGGAGGUUAGACGACGAUGCAUCAAGCAACUGUUACCCUACCUUCUAGUGCAUUUUCCUCAUCACUUUCCUUCCUGCAAAAGGUCCAGCUUUCCAAGGGGAAACAGGUUUUGUUGCACAGGGCCAUUGAAUGAGCAUUGAUUGCUUCAUCUAAAUUGAUGUGACUGAAUCCCACGAUCACCACAUUCUGGAAGUGACCAGAGAGCUCCCCCUGGAGGCAUUUACACAAGCAUUCUGCCGUGUGCAGAAUGAUUUAAGAGUGGAGCAAAAUCUGAAGCACAUGCUCCUGCUGAAUAUAUAUAUAUAUAUAUAUAUAUAUAUAUAUAUAUAUAUUAUCAUACACACACAUAUAAUAUUAUCACAUAAUCUUAAUAUAAAAUCAUAAUAUCACACAAUCAUAAUACACGAUCACACUAUCAUAAUAUGAUAUCACAUAAUGAUAUCGUACAUAAAAUCAUCACACAGUCAUAUCAUGUAAUAUGAUCAUUAGUGAAGGAAACUAACCCCUUCCUAUAUCCAUUUACUCGAUGACCUGGAGCAUGGAAGGCAGAUUGAGGCAGUCUAUUGGCUGCACAAGCACAGUGUAACAGCCUGCCCAUGUGUGUUAAAUAUUGGGGCAGGGGAACCUAAUCUUCCCUUUGAAAUCUGAAGUUCACUGAGAAAUGCUGGCAAGCAGCCAUCUGGGCAGAAGCUAGCAAGUUUGGCUACCCCAGUGAUCUGCCCCAGGGCUCCCAUUUAAUGAGAUCAUUUUGUAUGUCUCUGCUUACCCUUCCUUUCUCUCUAAAUCUGCUUGACCUACCAUUGAGACAUCUUGGUGCUAUGUGGCUGAGUUUGACACACAGGAUGUGACACUAAUGGGGUAGGAAACAGAGUGGGCCUCGAGAACCAGGAGGCAGAAUACAUUGGCAUUUAAAACAGAUCUGUAUCGUUGUGUUGAAUUCCCUGGCUUGGUGGUUCCAGCACAAGCAGAGUCUUUUGAACAGAAACCGAAGAGAGGAAUGAACAUUGGGUCCUAACUGAGUGCUGCAUUUUGUUGCAUAGUGCUGGAGAUUGUAGCUCUGUAGGGGAAAACUACAGUUCCCAAUAUUCUUUGCAGGAAAGAAUGAGCUUUAAAUGCAUGUUGUGUGUGCAUCCUAAGAUCCUGCCAUGUGAGAUGGGUGCACCAACAGCCAUGCCUGAAGUUAAAUGUGUUCCUACUGCGUAUGCCAGAAAAUAUUUUGUUAUUAGAAAUAAGCAAUAAAGGAUGCCAAUCUUAGACUUCUGAAACUCCUUACAAGACCUGAUCCUCGUGAUCUCUGCAGCUGGAGUAUCCACUUGCCCUGUUUCAUUAUAGACUCAGCUCCUCCACUGUGCCCUCACAGAAGUAGAGAUUGAGCUGGAUGGUGAGAGCAGGGAUUGAAUAGUGGGGGGGGGGGGAUUCUGCAUAUCCUUUUGUUUACCAAUGGCCAGUGCCUUUUUAAACUAUGGAGUGAUUGCCAUAGCAUGCAAGUGGCAUAGAGUUGGCUUACGGACAGCAUCUGAUCCCUGGAAAAUUCUGGCCCUCAUGUUAGCACCUUGGCUUCAGCUGGUUCCUUCAUUGGAGCUACAGGCUUUAUGGCGCAGUAAUUAGGUGCCCGGCCUGCAGAAAUCAGUCCUCUCCCACAACACUAGAACUUGUGGAGACCCAAGGAAGCUGGAUGUUGGGAGAUUAAGGACAGAGAAAAUAAAGCACUUAUUCAUGCACUGCAUAGUUAAACUAUGGAACUGGCUCUUCCAGGAGAUGGUGAGGGCCACCAACUUGGAUGGCUUGAAAAGAGGAUUGGACAAAUCCAUGGAAAAGGAGGCUGUCAGGGGCUGCUAGCCAUGAUGCCUGUGUUCCACCACUGCCAGAGGUGAUUCUGCCUCUGAAUGCCGCUUUAUGGGGAUUAUGAGAAAGAAGGCAAAUUAUAGCUUCUGAAGAGAGACAACAGCAGGGAGGAAAGGGUUAAAUUCUCCCUCCACACCACAUGGUUAUCACCUUCCCACCUCCCACUCCAGCAGCUGCUGUGUCUUUUCCUUUUUUUAAAUCAUCCAUCUUAAAUGCAAUAAAUAAAUAAAUCCAGGUUCGAACCCAGAAGCUUCCCAAAAGCAAAGUCCUUCAUGCGUGAUAUGCUGGCCUCAUGUGGAAAUGAAGGAACUCAGUGGCAGAACAUCUGCUUUGCAUGCAGAAAGUCCCAAGAUUUAAUCCCUGGCAUCUCCUGGUUGUUGUUAGCAUCCAUCUGUCUCGAGAAACAACGGAGUACGCCUCCGGGGGUGAAGUCCAACUGCUGUGUUAGCAGCACCAAAUUACUUUUCUGGGGUGCAAUCCUGGUCAGUGUGUCUGGAGGUCCUGGGCUGCCCAGAGGACAAGACCUCCCCUUUGGCCUUGCUGAUAUGGUCCAAAGGAAAGCAGAGCAAGGCGUUUGGCACCCGCUUGGCUGCAGGAGUUGAUGAAAAGAGGCGUGCAAGGCACCACCCAACCAUCUUAGGGUCUCCAUUCUGGAUUUGUGUAGAUUUCUUGUCCUGACUAUAUCCCACAAGGCAGUGGAGGUUUAGGACCAGAGUUUCCCUUCUCCUAGAUGGGCUACCUGCCCAGGUAGAUGAGCCCCUGAUAAGGCUGAUACAUCUCUCUCUCUCUCUCUCUCUCUCUCUCUCUCUCUCUGUGUGUGUGUGUGUGUGUGUUCAAAACACAUUCCCCUCUCUCUCUUUCUUACACACCCACCCUCACUUGCUACAGGUACUUCAGAAUAUUCUGGAAACAGAACGAGACUAUGCCAAGGAGCUGCAGAUGCUUCUGGGAACGUACCUGAGACCUCUCCAGUCCUAUGACAAGUAAGAUCCAACUUGCUAUUGAGUUGAUGUCUUCUGUUAAGAUGGGUAGAGAUUAAUCCUUGAUUUGUACAAAUUCUUGAACGGUUAUUUACUAUUUAGAUUUCCCCAGCUCCAGAGCCUGUCGCUGGUUAGACUUGAUGCUUUAAAAAAUAUUUUUACCUGAAUGUGCUCACGUCUCUGAAUCCAAAAGUCAUUAGUGAUGGACACAGCUUUAAACCUUUUAAACACCCUACUCACAGAUUUUAAAGGUUCCUUUCAAAUGUUAUAUUUCUUUUCCAUUACUUAAGCUUAUCCCCAAAAUGGACAAAAGAGUCUUAUUACAGGAGGAGUGAUACACACUCAAAAUUCAAGUGUGUUGUGGAAAUUGAGGAACAGGUUGUUGGUGAUGAAAACACUGUAACUGAUAUGAUCACAGUCUAUUUCAGGGGUGGGCAGCCUCUGACCCUUGGACUGGACUUGACCCACCAUGCCUCCCCAUUUUAGGAAAGCCCAGCCAUGCACCCUAUGACAGGUGUCAUGUGUGAUGUCAGGGGUGGAGUGGGUAAGGGCAAGGCUUCAAAGGGACAAUCAGGAGCUCAAAAUAGCCUCCUGAUUGCUUGUUGCUGAAACAGAACAAGGCAGCAGGAGCGCAAGGAGGGGAAGAAACUGCUUUUUCCCCCAGUGAUGCUCCUUGAAGCCUCCCCAUGCUGAUUCAAUGUCCAAUGUCCAAGGUUGAAAGGACCAGUGCAGAGUGGACUCUGCAAACCUUCCCAUACACCCGCUUCCAACUUUCAGUGGAGAGCCAGUGUGGUGUAGUGGUUAAGAGCGGUAGUUUCGUAAUCUGGUGAACCGGGUUCGCGUCUCCGCUCCUCCACCUGCAGCUGCUGGGUGACCUUGGGCCAGUCACACUUCUCUGAAGUCUCUCAGCCCCACUCACCUCACAGAGUGUUUGUUGUGGGGGAGGAAGGGAAAGGAGAAUGUUAGCCGCUUUGAGACUCCUUCGGGUAGUGAUAAAGCGGGAUAUCAAAUCCAAACUCUUCUUCUUCUUCUUCUUCUUCUUCUUCUUCUCCUCCUCCUCCUCCUCCUCUUCUUCUUCUUCUUCUCCUCCUCCUCCUCCUCCUCCUCCUCCUCCUCCUCUUCUUCUUCUUCUUCUUCUCCUUCUCCUCCUCCUCCUCCUCCUCCUCCUCCUUCUUCUUCUUCUUCUUCUUCUUCUUCUCCUCCUCCUCCUCCUCCUCCUCCUCCUUCUUCUUCUUCUCCUCCUCCUCCUCCUCCUCCUUUUUCUUCUCCUCCUCCUCCUCCUCCUCCUCUUCUUCUUCUUCUUCUUCUUCUUCUUCUUCUUCUUCUUCUUCUUCUUCUCCUCCUCCUCCUCCUCCUCCUCCUCCUCCUCCUCCUCCUCCUCCUUCUCCUCCUUCUUCUCCAGUGUCUCCCGGUUCCUGUAGCUUCUGUCCUCAAUGCUCCCAAAAUUGAGACAAAUUAGUCUGCAAAGGUUUGGGAACCCUGCAAAGGAUUUUGACAAUGUGCAUGGCUUCACCCGCCUGUCAAAUUUGACCCACAAGGCCGAUUCUGAUAAGGAUUCAGCCUGUGGACCCUAAAAGGUUUUCCUCCCCAUGCCCAAUGGAAGCUUCCUAUAACAUGAAAUGAAAGCGCCAUAUUCCUUCAGUGCUUUUUAAUGAGCAGAUUUGAUUUGCCCAUUGUCUUGGUAUUUGAAUUCUUCCAGGCUGAGUGCCAUGGAUAUUGCAUCUUUACUUGGAAAUGUGGAUGAAAUCUGCACCUUUCAGCAAACUCUCAACCAGGUGCUGGAAGAAUGUGCUCAGUAAGUGCUUGACAUUGCAUUCGGGCAAAUGUUUCCCAUUUCUUUGAAGCCUGCUAAUUGGGAGGGGUGGGGUCAAGAAGAAAGGAUUGUCAAGUUGGAAUAUAUGUACGGAAGGGGGAGAAAUUCAUAGCAGUUCAGCUUUUAAUGUGAGCCUGGCUAAGCCACACUUGCCAGAGCAAUGCACAACCCAAAGUACUGCCAGCCUUUUAAAAUUCUCACUUCUCUGAAUUUUCCAACUCAGUUCUCCAACCAAAAAAUGUUGGAUGCAUGCAUUCAUGAAAAUCCCAUCCAUAAGUGCUUUAUUCUAGGGGAAAUCGCUCACAAGGAGGUGCACACUUGGCAGAAUCUAUCUACCAGGAGAAAUGUAAACUUAACAUGCUGACAUAUCAUUCGGGGGAUCUUUUAAAAAUAAUAAUAAACUGAAAUAUGGAAAACUGAAUUUAAGGUUCAUCCUUGCUUCAUCCUUGCUUAGAUAUAAGAAAACCUGAUUACAAAAUGCUUUCUUGUCUUUGGAAAGGUUCUGUGACCUUUAGCAAAUUCUUGGCCUUGCUUGCUCAUAUGCAUGGUGUAGGCAAGGGCUUGAACUUGGGAGAUUGUGCUUUGCUAACCAGGUGAGCUCCUGACUGAGGUGCAAGACGUGACCUCCUGACCAACCCCCCGUUCCCUUAACCAUUGCACACAAGCCUGCUCUGAAACCCUUCCCUUGUAUAUUACUGCAGGCUCCCAGAGCACCAGCAAAAAGUGGGGAGUUGCUUCAUAAGCCUGAUGCCCCAGUUCAGGUCUCUGUACCUCACCUAUUGUGCUAACCACCCUUCUGCAGUCAACGUCUUGACUCAGCACAGGUAAAAAUUAAAAUAUUAUUCUAUUAGCUUUUCUCGCUCCCUGUCUUCUUCCUCUUCCUCCUUCCCUUUUAAAUCCCCCCUUCUGCCCUGUGCAAUCCAGGAACUCUAAAAUCCUGAAUUACGGAGAAUAUGAAAAGGCAAGUUAAACUUGGCACAUCCUAGUUACAGGUAGGUAGCCGUGUUGGUCUGCCGUAGUCGAAACAAUACCGUAGAUGGUAUCUGAAGAAGUGUGCAUGCGCACAAAAGCUCAUACCAAUAACAAACUUAGUUGGACUCUAAGGUGCUACUGGAAUAAUUUUUAUUAUUUUGGCACAUCCUGUUAUUCCUCUCUAUUACCUUGUUGCUGAUUAGGUGUGAUUAAAUAAUAUUAUAAGCUAUGAUAUUUAUGUUGAUUGCUUAUCUAUGUGUAGCAACAAUAAGUUAUCAGAUAGGGGAAUUACAGUAUAUUUUUAAACUCAUAAACAUUUUAUUUUGUUUUAAAAGUGCCAUUCAAGAUGGUGCCGGCUAGAGACCCUAAGAGCAGCCAUGUUGUUUCUGAGCAAGAGUCCAUCUUGUUCAGUAUGUCUUUUUUGUGCACCUGUCUUCCAGUGACGAGCUGGAGAAGUUCAUGGAGAUUCAGGGAGCCCCCUGCCCAGGGAUACUGACCUUAACCACAAACCUCAGCAAACCAUUCACACGACUGGAUAAAUACAUCAUCCUUCUGCAAGAGCUUGAGCGGCACAUGGAGGUGAGCUCAGUGGCUGGGAGAGGCAUACCUGCUAGCAAAAGAAGAGCAAUCAUGUCCCUGGUACUUUCGGCCAACUCCCAACAGCAGGGUAUGGCCAGCCAUUCAAAGACCACAUUCCCCAGGGGAUUGUAAGUCAGAGGCCACAUGCUGAAAAUGCACAGAGCCAAAGGCAAAGUGACCACACUCCUUUACUCUUCCUUCAACUGCUCUUUCUCCUUUUCAUAAAAUUGUAGAGUUGGAAGGGACCCAAGGGUCAUCUAGUCCAAUCUCCUGCCAUGAAGGAAUCUUUUCUUUCUGCCUCCCCCCCCCCACUUUCCCCUCAUUGCCACCCAUGUGAAAUUAGACCAAGGGCUACAGGUUGUCCACCCCUGCUCUGUGGAUUUUUAUUUGCAGCUCUUGCCGACACGAGUAAGCCAACUUCAGGCCUCAAAUACUUGCUUGUCCUGUUUCACCUUACCUUCUGGGCACCAGGUAGGUCCAGAGGCAAAAGCAGGCAGAGAAAUGAAGGUUCUCUUUGUAUACAGUAGGCUGGUUUCUGCAUGCCCUCUCUCUCAAACCCUCUAUGCUCCCAUUCAGGCAAGUAAAAAAGCAGUUUCAGAGUCCAAGGCACAUUCCAGUCAAGCAAAAGUGCUUCAGGAGGUGACACAGCAGGGCUGACAAAGAGGCUUGGAGGAAUCUGAACCCCAGCCCUGUGGAAGAUUAGCAGCAAAGCAUAACUGAUGCAUGCUCUUGCAAGCAUGAGAAGGGGCUCAGAGCACAGAGCUGUAUUGCUGAGAGGCAGAUACUCAGACCAUGGAAAUGCAAUGGGUAGAGAGGGUUCUUUGUGAUGUCAUUUCCCCUCCUCUCCUGCAGAGGAAGGAAGAGCUGGGAUAGCUCAGUUGGUAGAACAUGAGGCUCUCAGGGUUGUGGGUUUGAGCCCCAGGUAGUGUGAAACUUUCCUGCAUUGUAUGGGGUUGGACUAGAUGACCCCUGUGGUCCCUUCCAACUCUACAAUUCUAUAAUCAAACUUCUUCCCUCUCUCUCUUCCUUUGACCAGUGAUGGAUGCAGACAUGCCUCCACUUGCCCCAGCUUUAGGCACAUGCCUGAAGCUGGUUAUGCAGUAAAUAUAAGUAUCUUGUCUGCAUAGUUUUUAUGGCUACUAUUGCUGUAAACCAAUGCAUGAUUAUAAAGUAAGUAAAUCAUAUUUUAAAACUUAGUUUACAGGUUGUUGCCCAGCUCUGUGUUAAGCGGUGUCUAAGAAAGAGAGAGCCAGCUUACUUCAUUAACUGGACUUGCUCAAAACAAGAUUUUAAAGUCUAAUUCCUAUGCUUUUACUUUUGCUGCCAAAGAUGGGAUUUUGAAACCAUCCAACCUAUAGAUGAGGACACCUGGAGGGAUAAUUGCAAUUAAUAUAUCCUCUCUUAUCCAUUAAAACCCAUCCCACAAGUCCUGAACUUCCCCACCCCAGUUUUAGAUGGUUGUAAACUGCCUUAGUAUCCCUGGGGUAAAAGUCAGUAUAUAAAUGAUUGCAAAAAAUAAGAAUGGGUCUUAAUAUACGCCCCCUUGAUCUGCUGCGCUUUGACUUACACACACACACACAGCUCCAUCCUGUGUCGCUGUUCUUUCAACUAGCAGCAUCUUGGGUUGGGUGGGGAAUGUGUUAUGAACACACACACACACACACACACACACACACACACACUUAGAUAUACCUGCCCUUUUGCACUCACUAAAGCUUCUCUUUUCCUAGGAAGCUCAUCCGGACCAUGAAGAUGUCUUGAGAGCAAUCACCUCCUUCAAGUCUCUUGUGGUAAGUCUUGGAAGCAGGCUCUGUGAGCCACACAUCACCAGGAGUGGAGCAACCUAGGGGGAUGAUGGAGGGUCAAAAACCCAAGACUAUUUCUGCAGCGGGGUCCCCGUCUCCAAUGUCUGCCCAUUCAGCAUGAAAGGGGAGUUUUUCAGCCACUGAGAAGGUGUCUUCUCACCCUGCAGCCAAUCAAAGUGGAAGGAGGUGAGUCAGCCGCUGAGGAUUGGCUCCUAGGGCCACUCUGGAGAAUGUGCACAGGAAGAACACAGAGGACAGAUUGUUCUGUGUGUUCCAAAGCUCAGCAUUUAGGGAAACUGGGAAAAAACCAGGUGCUUCAGUUUCAAGAAGGUCGUUGCAAGUUCUGCUACGUACAAGGAAAACACAAGUUAAGCUACUCUGAAAUAAUCUAUUGGAGCAUAUCAAAUCGCCUGCCCAUUCUUUUGCACAGAAAAUAAGUUGAUCUGUUUGAAAGGCAACACAGAAAGGUCUGCAUUGACCAUUAUAAUAUUUAAUAUUUUUAUUUUUAUUUCUGCAAACCUUGGGUCUUCCUAAUCCUUCCUCUGACUUAUGCAUGGAUGGUGCCCUGAUAUGGGUCUAUGCUUGUAGAAUGAAUUCACCAUUUGUAUGGGAUAGGAGUAAGGAACCCACCCAAGGGCCCAGUUCACUUCUGUGCAACCUCCCUGGGGCCACGUGCCAGUGGUGGGAGGGGGGGGGCUGUAGACAAUAAUGGGCAGAGCAACAAAUGCACAUUUUACCUUUCCAUGGCAUGCUCCUUUCUACCCCCACCAACACCUCUAUCAUCCAUCCAGGCAAGCAAGUUAUUGGAGUUCAGGGGACAUUCCAGCCAGGCAGAAAAAUAUUGAAGGAGCAUAUGAAGUGAGGGCCGUGUCUUACGGAGAGAUUGCUGGGGAGGGAGUGUGGCCUGGGGAGAAUCUGACAGUGAGGGCCACAUCUGGCCCCCAGUACAGACAUUUCCACCCCUAGUAUGUGUAAGGAGUGCCCCUUUGAAUCCCACCCCCGUGCAUUUUCCUAGGAACGUUCGCUCACAUAAAUUCAGAAGCUGUAGAGAUUUAAAAGAUUUAAACUCUCCACAUGGGGGCACUCUUACCCCACUCAAAGCUCGAUCUUCUGUUCUUAGGAAAGCAAAGAUUCUUUCUUUCUCUUGCCUCUUCCGCUGCCUUCACUGUAGUCCAGUCUGGACAACCUGCUUCCUUCCUCAUCAGAGAAGAAGCACGUGUUUUGGUGGGAAGGUGGGCAGGAGACUUCUGAAGCUGGGUGCAAAGAAGGAGGUGGAUGUUGGUUGAAAACAGGAAAGAAAAGAGGCGUUGAGUUAGCUCAGACAGCUGGGGAGUGGGGGCAUUGCUGUGCUUCUCCUGCACAAGCUCCCUGGUUCAACCCCCUACAUUUGCGCAAAGAAAGAGCAGGAAAGAUCCUUCUCUUCUGCCUGAGACCCCAGAGAGCCACUGCUAACCAGAAGAACACCUGAAGAGCCCUGCUGGGUCAGUAUAACGGGGAGAUCUGGUCUUGCACCCUGUUCUCUCAGUGACCAACCAGAUGCCCAAAUGGGAAACCCACAAGCAGGACCUGAAUCACUUGUGAUUCCUAGCAACCAACAGAGGCCUAUUGACUCUGACACAUAAGGCAGAACGUUGCUAUUGUGUCUAGCAGCCACUGGAGCCACGAACCACCUUUGUUGCCAUCCCUCAGUUCUUAAAUGAGGCAUCCAGAACCAGACAUCUAUUCCCUCUCCUCCCAUUUCUUUGUGGUUUUUUGGGAGAAGGAAGAAAAACGGGGGUUUGUGUUUCGCCUUGCUUUUUAUGCUUGCCCUCUGAUCUGUAACCAAAGCCUUUCUUUUCUCUCUUGGCAGUCCCAGUGUCAGGAGAUGAGGAAGAGGAAACAGCUUGAGCUCCAGAUCCUGUCAGAGGCCAUCCAGGGAUGGGAGGGCGAAGACAUAAAAUCAAUGGGCAAUGUCCUGUAUAUGUCACAAGCCUUGGUCCAGUAUGGAGGGAGUGAGGUGAGAGCAGCAGGACUUAAUAUCCUAAACCUUGAGGGCUGGACUCCUUCUCCAUCACCUCUUUGUCUGUUUUCUGUGGUCAAGGGCCCUGAUAUGACCCUCUUCCCCCCAGCUCCACCAAAAAGGAGGUUUCUCUCAUUUACACAUCUCAAGUCCAAUAUGGGAGAAGUGGGGAGGUGAGAGGGCAGACUAAAAAAUAAAAAGAAGACCCGUGAAUACCACUCGUGUUUGCCUCUGUGAUUUCCAUCCCUGACCUUAAAUGAACAAGAGGAUUGUGGGGAUUUUCACUUGCAUUUACAUUUCUGGCAGAAUUCUCCAGCAUAUCUAAUUCAGCCCCUUCCCAGGCUUGUGAUGGUGUGAGACUCAGGUAGCAGCAGGGUGUGCCAUUUUAGGGGUGGUGAAACUUUAUGUUUGCAAAUUUCUACAGUGAGGAGUCUUUAAAAAUGUGUUUUUAGGUGUCAGGAAUUCAAAUCUCCUAAAGUUUUUGGGUAGAACAGUUAGCUUUGUAAACCUAUGUUUUGAAUAAGAAGAACGCGAACUGCUUUUGGAAACCUGAAUAAUUUUUAUUUUGCCUUCUGAAAAUGCUGGCCAUUGCUAAAUAAUAUUAAUAAUAUUAAUAUUAAUAUCAAUUUAUAACUGUUAAUACUUGGCAAUCUUUUUAAUGAUUUCUGUGCAGUUUUUCACACAUUUUACUUGCCGGCCAAAACAAAAUUAUAUUAAUUUAAUCAAAAUAUCUUUUAGAAUCCCCAAGUCAUGUUACAACUUUUUAGCAUUUUCCUCAUUUCUGGAAUUUGAAAACUGAAAAAUUCAACAUGCCCUAAGUCAGGUGGGCCUCAGCGUGAAUUUCCCUUUUUUGUUUCAGGAAAAAGAAGAAAGAUACCUCUUGCUGUUUUCUAAUGUCCUGCUGAUUCUCUCCGCCAGUCCUCGGAUGAGUGGAUUUAUGUAUCAAGUGAGUAGUGUCUUAUUGGGAUUGCAGCAAUUUGGCUUUUUUUUCUUCUUUUUUUUUUUUUUUUGGAAGGACAACUGUGCAUUAUGGCCACGUGUCCCCCCCCCCCAAAAAAAAUCCACCAGAGGGGGACCUAUGACUUUUUCUAGCCUUUUUGCUAAUUGACCCCUGCCAUUCAUAGCUGCACCUGGAGUUGGACAGUUCUGUCAAUUUCACUUUAUACUCUUUAUAUUUUCCAGCCUUACAUUUGGUUCAGUCAAUUUCAUCAACAAUUUGUGGAGAGAGAGAUGGUGUUCCUUUUAAAAAGUCUGCACAAAAAUGCCUAUACAUUGAUGCGCUUGCACUUGUCCUAACAGGUGCAUUUUUUUCUGUAAGCAGGUUGCCUAAAAUACACAGCUUUCCCUGAAAUAAUGUAGUUUUGUACAUUAUUUGCAGCAGAAUAUGCUUUUUUGUGUGUGUACACACUUUGCCUGGGGAGCAGCAUGCAAUUUCAAAGGAGAGCUCCGUUUUAGUUUCCUUAUUAGUUCAGGAAAUGUAAAUGAGGUAGGUUUGCCUUAAGAAAAAAGAAAUCUAAUCAUUUGACAAUUAUUAACAAUAAUCAACAAAACUGCUCCAGAAAAAAAUACUUCAAAUCAUAAUCUUCUACAAUAAAGUAUGGCUUAAGAUGAAAUGACAAUAUUUCUUCCAAAAGAGCCCCCUCAAAAUCCACUUAAAUUUGCUUUUGCAGGAAUAAAUUAUUUUCUUGACAAUAUUGUAUAAGGGGCAACCGGUUUCCCCAAAAUUUAUUUCCAUAUUCACUUGCAAUUCUCAUCCUUAGAUGUUAUUUUUGACAGUGUAGCCAAAUUCCAGACUUUAUGAAGCCAAUCUUUCUAAGGAGCAAUGCAACUUUUUAUUUUUUAUUUUGUAUAAAUACUUAUGGAAGCACCAUAAACCUGGCACUAGAUUAGAGCAGGCAUUCUCUCUUCACACUUACACAGGAAGGCACACAUUAUCUUCAGAUGCGCUGAUGUAUACGUGUUCCAUUUAAGAUCAAAGAAACCCAGCUCUCCUUUCAAAACUACUCUUUGAGUCAUAUGCCGAUUUGAGCAUAUUCAGCUAAUUGAUUUGAUGAGUUGACUUGGGUUUCUUUAAUAAGGUGGCAGUCCCUAACUAAAAUUUACAUAUUGCAAAAAAAGUUGGUCAAGGUUUCUCAGAAAAACGUUGACAUAAUACCUUUCUUUCUUUCUUUCUUUCUUUCUUUCUUUCUUGGGAGCAGGGAAAGCUCCCUUUAAUAGGUAUGAUGGUCACAAAAUUAGAAGAUGUGGAAGUCAAUGAACAUGCUUUUGAAAUUUCAGGUCAGUGUGCUGCUAGUGGCUUAGAUGCAUGCAUUGAUUAGAUUAGAUUGAAUAUAUAUAUACCCACUUUUCUGCUGUAAAGAUACUCAAAGCGGCUUGCAAUAGAAGGCAAAAAAAGAAGAAGCAACAUAUAGCAAUGAUGCAAAAUGCUGAAUACAAUAUAAAAUACAUAGGAACGUAAGAACAUCAGGAGAACCUUGCUGGAUCAGGCAAAAGGCCUACCUGGUCCAUCAUCCUGUUCUCACAAUGGCCAUACCUACAUCCUGUGAGGAAACCCACAAGCAGCAACUGAGUGUACCAGCCACUCUCCCCACUUGUGAAUUCAGAGCUACUGGUACUCAGAGAGAUGUCAGGUGGCAUUCAGCUAAGUUUUACUCAUAGUAUACUCUCUGAAAACAAUUACAGACUGAGGUCCAUGAGUUUCAGUGUGCAUAUUUUCAGUAACACUGAGUUGAAUCCUUCUGAUGGCCUCUGGCAGUGGAAAGAAGAUGCUGCCACCAUGGUUGGUAGCCUUAUUUAGUGGAAAUAAAUGGUGUAUUGCAGUGGUGGUGAACCUCUGGCCCUGACCUGGCACGCCAUUCCAGUUUGGCCCAUGGCGCCAUUUUCCACAAGCCCCAUCCUUCUGUCAAUCAAGUGGUGUCACUUGUGGCAGAAGCUGAUGAGCCGGGAGGGAGGGAGGGUGGGGUUCAAUUCUGCCUUGGCUGUGCAAACAGGUGCUUGAAGCCAAAACAGAAUGAGUGGGCUAUUAUUAUUUUUUGUUGUUGUUUUUAAAUGAGUUAACCUGGUUCGUACAGGGAGCCUGAUCGACCGGAUUACGGUGCAUUGCAACAACAGCCAGGAUCUGCACGACUGGCUUGACCAUUUGCACAGGCUCACCAGGGGGACGGUUCCAAGCCUCUCCAAGACACACUCCUGGGGCUCUCAUUCUGUAAGUUGAUCAGCUUAGUGGGGCAAUCUUGGUCUGUUCCAGGCUCCUGGGGAGGGUGGCAACACACCUUCUGUUCCUGCAGGGGGUGUUAGUGUGCUGGAAAUCUACUAUGACCAGAUUCCUAUGUAGGAGUUGAAGAAAGAAUGGGUUGCCUUCACCCUCUGCCCUUCAGAUCCCUUUUGAAGCCUCUUAGAUUGUGUGCUCAUUUAUUAAACUAUUUGGGUUGGCUAAAGCUGCAGCUGCUUAUUUUAUUUCCUUGAUGUUUCCCUAAUUGUUGAUUCUCACAUUAUAGCUGAGCUUUCACCAACUGUGAAAAGCCACUUCUGGAUUUUUUUUAUUUUAAAUUAUAUUUUUUCAAUGUUACAAAACCACAUUCACAUUAAAACAAACAUUUCCCCACUCCUACCUUUCUUUAAGGGACACAGGUGGUGCUGUGGGUUAAACCACAGAGCCUAGGGCUUGCUGAUCAGAAGGUCGGUGGUUCAAAUCCCCGCGACGGGGUGAGCUCCCGUUGCUCGGUCCCUGCUCCUGCCAACCUAGCAGCUCGAAAGCACAUCAAAGUGCAAGUAGAUAAAUAGGUACCAGUCCGGCAGGAAGGCAAACGGCGUUUCCGUGCGCUGCUCUGGUUCGCCAGAAGCAGCUUAGUCAUGCUGGCCACAUGACCUGGAAGCUGUACACCGGCUCCCUCAGCCAAUAAAGCGAGAUGAGCACCGCAACCCCAAAGUCGGCCAUGACUGGACCUAAUGGUCAGCGGUCCCUUUACCUUUUUAUCUUUCUUUUUAAAAAGCCAGCCAUUUACAACUUCCCUUCUUCCCUGGUUCCUUUAAUUUUCCCACCUAUCCUGCAUAUUCUUGUAUAUCCAUUUAACACCUUUGCUAUGUGUUAAACUGUUGAAUUCACCCUAAUCCUACCAAUGAUUUCACAUGUUUACAGGUUUUUUCCAGAUACUCCACAAAAAUUUCCCUUCCUCUGCCACUUCUGGAAAUUUAAUAGUGCAAGUUUAGUGCAAGUUUCCAGAAACAAAAAAUGGGGGGGGGGGGGAGAGACUAGCAAAAAAAGUUUGCAAAUACAGUGGUACCUUGGUACUUGAACAGCUUGGCUCCUGAACAAAUCAGCUUCCAAACGCCGCAAACCGGGAAGUGAGUGUUCCAGUCUGUGAACGUUUUUCAGAAGCCGAAUGUCCGACGAGGCUUCCAUGGCUUCCAUGGCUUCCGAUUGAGUGCAGGAAGCUCCUGCAGCCAAUCAGAAGCCAUGUCUUGGUUUUCAAAUCAUUUUGGGAGUUGAACGGACUACCGUAAUGGAUUAAGUUCGAGAACCAAGAUACCACUCUAGUGGAAAUGAGCAACAUACUUGUGCUGUGCUCGACUAUAUUUCCCUUUGUGGCUUUUAUGUUGUGUGAAAGCUCAAGUGGAAUCUGAACAUCAAGAACAUAGGAAAUUGCCUUAUCCUGAGUUGAGCCAUCUAGUUCAGUAUUGCCUACACUGACUGGAAGUGGCUCCGCAGGUUUGCAGGCAGUGUUCUCUCCCAGCAUUAUCUGGGGAUAGCACCUGGGGCCUUCUGCUUGCAAGGCGGGUGAACCAAAAUGGGCCCUCUUUCCUUUCCUUGGAAGAUGUGGGAACUCUCAGCAGAUUAACAAGCUAAAUCAAUAAAUAAGAACUGUUUUAUCAUCAGACUUUCAGCUCUACUGGACAAGCCCGUGGCCCAUUGGAGCCGCCCAAAAUCGUUAAGCCCUGGAGCUUAAGUUGCCUCCGCCCCGCACCUCCCCUCAGGCCAUCGGUGGCACUCAGCUACAAAGAGGUAAUUAUUGUCACAAAUGGGUCUGGGUUGUGCCGCUGGAUGAAUACUGGGCAUUGCUGUCUCGCUUUGUGGCUGGAUGUGUAAGCUUAACACAGGAGGCUGGCCCCACUAAGCAACAAGUUUACAAAUCCGGGCAGAAGGGCAACCCAGAGGCAAGCUCUUCCACUGCCGUAGAAUUUUAGUGUUGGGAUCGACCUUAGAAGUCAUCUAGUAUAAAUCCUGCUGUUCAAUGCAGGAGCUGUAAUUUAGGACAUACCUCCGGAAUCCCUGAGGGAUGGCUACUUGGCUCCUGCAUAAUACUUCCAGAGAGGAGAGCACCUCCUACCAUUAGGAAGUUUCUCCUGCCGUUUAUCUGAAAUCUGCUUUGUUGUACUCUAGUCCAACAAAGACACCUGUUCUGCCUUCUUCAUGACAACCCUGCAAAUAUUUAAGGGCUGCUCUUAUGUCUCCCCUUUUUUCGGGGGGGGGGGGUCAUGUCAGUAGCUCAGUGAAGGUGUUGACCCAGUAUGCGGCAGCUGCUGAAAAGAUAAAAUUCCAUGCCAGGGAUCAUUAUUAGGAAAGGAACCGAAUAGAAAACUGCCAAUAUCAUAAUGCUAUUAUACAAAUCUAUUGUGUGACCGCAUUUGGAAUAUUGUGCACAGUUCUGGGCUCCUCGCCUCAAAAAGGAUAUUGUAGAUUUGGAAAAAGUUCAGGAAAGUUCAGCCAGAAUGAUCAAGGAGGUGGAGCAACUCUCUUAUGAGCCCCCCCCCCAUUUUAUCUUUUGGUUGUAUUUUUGUCUUUUUAAACCCAUAGAAGAACUGGGAUUCUUAGGAAUAAAGUAUAUUUCAUAUUUGGUAAAAAGGUAAAGGUUUACUGCUCCAGGAGCCAAACGUCUCGCAGAGAAAGAAAACCACUUCCCCAUUUAAUUGCAUCCAUCCAAUUUCUUCUCACACUAUAACAGUGUUCAAAUCUAAGCCCACAGGAAACUGGGUUGACAUAGGGGAGUUAUUUGCAUCAUACAGGAAACUUGUGUCACAACCCCCGAAAGGUGUUACUAUAAAAUCACUCUUCAAUACUUUUCAGGGAUUUUUUUUUUAAUGACUCAUUUUUUACACGACUCACCCCUCACACUGCUUGUGCUGGAGGCUUGCUGGCUUCUGUACAUGGGGGCUGAUGGUCUAUUUUUGUUCCUAAAAUUUCAUGAACAUUGUCAGACAUUGCCAAAGAUAUUUUGUUUUGUUUCGUCUUGCUCAGUAUUCUUGUGUCCAUUUUUCUUGGGAGUAUAUUCCAUUGCUGUCCAUGGGUCUAAGUAACUGAGCACUGGUGUGGUCAUCAGUUUUUAAGUGUGGGAGCUCAUCAUGGCAGUCAGCAUUGCCCCACCGCAGAGAAAUCUCAAGUGGGCGUUGGAAAUCCAACAACCAUGCUAUAAGAUAUUUGGCUAAAGCCUUGCUCACAGGGAGGCUGUGCUGGCCUCUGUUUUGUGUUCUGGCUCCGCCCACCAUGGCUCUGGCCCCAUCCACCAUUGGCCAAGGCUCCCUGACUGACUUUCCUCUGUGAAUCAAUGACCCUUCUUUGCGAAAAGGUUAUCUAUUCCUGCCCUUGAGUUUCCUGGAUACAAUUCUACUAUUCUUUGUAACUGCCUAUUCAUCUGCCCUCUUUGAGUGAGCAGUAACUCUCCUUUGGGGGAUGCGUGUGGUGAAGCCGGGAGGUGAAGGUGGGUAGAAACAGGUCCCCCUGAGAAUGCAGUGCCCAAGUGCCCCUCAAAACCUGGAGCCCACACCGACUCGUACAGAGACAUGACAGGCAGACUCCCCUUUGAGGGCGGAUGACCUUUUCUCAGGAGCAGUUGAGUGAGCUGACCAUAUGCAACAUGGGUGAGUAGAAGAUUUAACCCCCUUCCUGCAGCAGAGGCUAACUGGGAAGUGGGGAGACCCUGAGCAGUGAGUCAUUCAGAGUUGCAGAAGGAAACUUCCUCCAUGAAUGGAGAGCCUCUGGUUCCACGGGAGUUUUCCAGUGUUUAAUCAACGCCUUUCCUCCUCCUUGUUAUUAUGAAUAGUAAUAGUCAAAUUUUCAGUUAUUUUACAGAGCGGCUUAACAAGAUAAGAAAUGCAAUAAGCGAAAGUAAAACUUAAACAGUGAGCAAUGCAAAAUAAAUAAAAUGCUCUUCCAAUGGUGUAUCAGUAAAGGCAAAUCCUACCCACCCUGUUAAGAUACCAGGCUGAAAAAAGUCAGCUGCUUUUUUCCAUGAAUCAUGCUUACCUUCUCAUGUUUGUCUUUGUCUUCUUCUUUUUAUGUUCAUUCGGUAGAGGAUGACUUACAUUUUAAAGGUAAGGAUGGAAUCAUCGCCAUGGCUUCCUGGGUCGCUGCAUUGCAUGUAUGUUUUAACAAAGGACAAGUGGGUUUUCCCCUUCUCUCUCCACCCCACCCACCCACCACCUUCUGCAUUCGUGUGUCAUAUUUUCCCAGAGCAAAGCUCUGUGUUUGUUUGUUUUGCAAUUCAUUGCCAUUCACUUUGCUGCAUUGUCUUGGCUGCAAGCAGUGGGACUUACUCUCUAGCACUUCUGCAAAGGACACUUAAUGCUGCGGUUGAAAUUCAGAGCAUGGGGGGAAAAGAUCCAUCUGCCUGCGGCUCUUAAGUCAUCCUUUCCCAACCUAGUGCCUUCCAGAUCAUGGGAGCCCACAGGAAUGUUUGGGGUGUGUGAGGGAGGAAGCUGAUUUCUAUCAAAAGAAAGCCCUGGGAAGAAUAGCGGCUGUACGUUCUGCAUCACAUCUCAGGAUCUGCAAAUAUUAGAAAUUUCCUCUUUUUUUUUUUAAUGAAAGCUGGAAAUCUUGGGAUUAUGGUUCAUUAAUGCACACAGAGUCCAGAUGUUAUGGACUCUGUGUGCAUUCAUGAGGCAGUUUAUUCAAUUUCCCCGAUGUUUUGGGAAAACACUUAGGAAGUGUUAAUUUCCGCAUUAUAUUUUGAGCUUUCAUGUGACAUAAAACUAUAUUAGAGUAUAGCUCUCACUUCCAUUUUAUUUGCAAAAGAUUCCCUCUUCCACCCCCCCCACCCCCCCGGAAACAAAUAACACAAAAACUUGCACUAUGUUCAGCUAUGAUUCUGGAAAUGGCUUCUAAGUCAUGCGAGAGCUCAGAAAUAAUGUGGAAAUCAACAGUUUAGGAAACAGAAUAAACUAGUGCAGCCAAUGGCUCUCAUCCACCCUCACCAGCGCAGCCAAUGGGCAGCGGAGAGUGGAGGGGAAGGAAUGAAUCUUUAUUUGCGUCAGCCAUUGGCCAUAGCAAUAAAACAACAAUACAAUAUACAAAUAAUAGAAAUAAAAAGUCAAUUAUAUAAAAUACAUUUUAGGGAUUUGAAUCAAUAGUCAAAUAGUGGAUCUUAUUCUGAUUGCCCCAGCUAAAAACCUUGCAACCUUUGCUGUCACCUGCUUAGCAGGGAGUGGAGUUGGAGUUCAGCACUAUGCAAAAGGCACUAGGUUUGAAAUCAUUUCUACUUUCCAUGAUGGAAAACAUUUGUAAUUUUCCAUGAUGAUCUCAAGAUGGCAUCCACAUCGGUUCAUAAUUAUAUGUUCCCAUAUGAGAAAAAGGCUUAGCCUGCAGAAUUUACAAAAUAGGACAGAAGCAGGAAAAGUGCAUUAUAAGAGAUGGGAAAAUAAUAUCCCUUCUGGAACCCCAGAGAUUUAUAUUGCAUGGUGUCCAAACAACUCACUCACCAAUCGCACCUCUGAGUUGACUCAUUGACCAGAUUUGCUCAUUUCACAGAAAUCACUUAGAAGUGUACCUGCCCAUUUUGUUUCAUAACUUUCUUUCUAGAAGGGCUAGAGACUGGGUUGUCGCAUGGUUUCAUCUAAUUUUUACUAGCACCUUCAGAUAAAACAACUUUUGACUGCUAAAAAGAUACCCCCAGUUAAUUGGAAAGAUGAAUAGAUGCUCAAAAUACUUUUUCUUGAACAUAGAAAGGAAUGCUUCUUAGGCAUCUCCUCGGGUGAGAGACAUGUCUCCUCAGAGAAGCAUUCAUUCCCUUUCUCUCACAUAGAGGAGAGUGCCUCUUCUAAGUUGAGAUCUGUUGUGUCACAAACAUGGGUUGUUUAAGUUCAAAUAAACUGUUUUUUGCAGAGGCAGAUUUUGGGCAGCACGACUGGUUCCCUUGCACAGGGCGCCAGGCCCAAGGGACGCCUUCCCACAUGCUUCCCAAAAUCUAGUAAGCCCUUGCUUUCGGAAGGAGGGUCCCAGAGUCCUCCUUCCUUCCUCCUUCCUCCUUCCUCCUUCCUCCUUCCUCCUUCCUCCUUCCUCCUUCCUCCUUCCUCCUUCCUCCUUCCUCCUUCCUCCUUCCUUAAGCCUAGUUAGCACUUACCCAGCAUUGGGAAGGAGACGGGAGGUCUCUUGGACCCUACUACAGCCCUCAUGCUUCCUUCCCAAAGACCAGCACCUUGCUUAGCCAGCUUUCAAAAGGUGACACAGGUGCUGGGGUGUGUGUGUCAAAUUUUGUUUUCACACAGGGUGCUGUAUUCAGGGCCGUCUUGAGCAUAUCUGGCAUCGUGAUGGAAAGAUCCCUCCGGUGCCCCCCCCCCCAGUUUCCCAGAGUUGUCGACUUGUCAACCUUUUCCCAUGCCUCUGUGGGCAUCGCUCUCCUCCCGGGGAGGCUUGGGAGGCAAGCUGCACGUCCGCCAGGAAUAUGGUUGACAGGGCACAGCUGGUGGGCGUGCAGGGAAAGGGGAGGCCGCCGGCAAAGCCGCGCAGCUCCCCCACUCGCUGGGGCACCCCUGAGAGGCCAGUGCCCUGGCGCAACGCACCAGUAAGCCCAAUAGGAAAGACGGCUCUGGCCCUAUUACCAAGUUCCAACCCUGCUUUUUGUCCUAUAAGUAUUGCUUUGUCCCACAACCCCAGAUUUAUCAGCUGAAACCGAGAUGAUUGUUAGCUAAGAUUUCUCUAUUCAUAACCUUGGCUAUCUCAUUAUUAAGUGAAGUAUGUGUUGUUGUUGUUGUUUUUAAAAAAAAAUAGGACUCAAGCAAGAGCCCAAAGACAAUGAAGAAGUUCCUUCCAAAAAGGAAAGACAGGAAAGCAUCCGAUGAGGAAUUUGUCGUUAGAAAAAGUGAGCUGACUUGCAUGACUUGUACUUGUAGGGAUUGCAUUUAAAAGAAAACCCGCAGAAUUCUCCAGUGUAAUAUCUAAGACCCCCCAUCUGCACUGUACAUUUAAAGCAGUAUCAUGCUGCUUUAAACAGCCAUGCCUUUCCCCAAAGAAUUUUGGCAACUACUAGGAAAUGUAGUUUAAAGCUGUUGAGAGUUGUUAGGAGACCCAUCUCAACAGGAGAUUCCCCUCAUUGAGCUACAUUUCCCAGACUAUCCUGGGAAUAGAGAUUGGUUGUUAAACCACUCUGAGAAUUGUAGUUCUGCGAGCAGGGGGUGGGGGUGGGGUCUCCUAACAACUUUAAGCACCUUUUAGCAAGUAGAAUGUGACCCUGGUCAGCCAGCAAGCAGAUGGGCAGCUGCUGAACCACAGACUUCUGCUGGAGUUCUGCAUCCCCUGAAUCAGAGCAGGGAUCCCUAGAGGUGAUUUUUCACUACACUCUACCAGCACAGUGGAAAGAGCUGGUCAGAUUAAGGACAGUGGAGUCCUUCUAGUUCUAGCCAAAGACUUGUGUAAUCCAGUGUCCUGUUCUCACAGUGGCUAAAUGUAAACUGCAAGCAGGACCCGAAUGCAACCUGCUAUCUCCCCACUUGCGAUUCACAACAACUAGUCUUCAGAGGCAUGCUGUGGGUUAUUUUUGGGGUCGCGUAUUCUGCAUAAUAGUGCAUUAGUGAUGGAUUUAUUAUACUGGACAGUCCACUUAGCAUUCUGCUUUAUUAGUUGUUCUGUGAUGCUUCCCCAGUGUUACUAUAUGAUUGCCAUGCAUAGGGACGGGGGGGAAAGUGAACGGGAACAUUUGCAGUAAAACGAAAAGAAAAGUUACUGGGUUUCUGUAGGAAGUUGCAGCUCAUGCACUGCUUGGAAAUGAAGCAGACCACCCUGAAACUUCCGCAGGUGUGAAAGGUAUUGAAAGUGGGAGCACAUAUGACUGCCCCAAAACCAUUGUGAGCAGAAAACUUCAUGAAUACACAAUACAAACUGCGUCCGGAAGGACUCUGACUGGUAUAAAAAGAUUUCUUGCUUCACUCAAGGUUACAGAGGCCAAGAUAAAUACAGUGGUACCUCGGUUUAAGAACAGCCCUGUUUACAAACUAUUUGGUUUAUGAACUCCGCAAAACUGGAAAUAGUGUCCUGGGUUGUAAACUUUACCUCGGUCUAUGAACGGACAUCACCUUGCCAACAAAGGUCCGUAUAGUUAAAGCCAUGGUUUUCCCAGUAGUGAUGUAUGGAAGUGAGAGCUGGACCAUAAAGAAGGCUGAUCGCCGAAGAGUUGAUGCUUUUGAAUUCUGGUGCUGGAGGAGACUCUUGAGAGUCCCAUGGACUGCAAGAAGAUCAAACGCAUCCAUUCUUAAGGAAAUUAGCCCUGAGUUCUCACUGGAAGGACAGAUCCUGAAGCUGAGGCUCCAAUACUUUGGCCACCUCAUGAGAAGAGAAAACAUCCUGAUGUUGGGAAAGAUUGAGGGCAGAAGGAGAAGGGGACGACAGAGGAUGAGAUGGUUGGACAGUGUUCUCGAAUCUACAAACAUGAGUCUGACCAAACUGUGGGAGGCAGUGGAAGACAGGAGUGCCUGGUGUGCUCUGGUCCAGGGGCGUCAUGAAGAGUCGGACACGAUUAAAUGACUAAACAACAACAACAUGAACGGAAGCCAAAUGGUGGAAAGGCACCGAUGGCAGGAGGCCUCAUUAGGGAAAGCGUGCCUCGGUUUAAGAACAGUUUUGGUUUAAGAACGGGCUUCCAGAAUGAAUUAAGUUCGUAAACUGAGGUACCACUAUACCUGCUUCCUCCAUUUUAAUACAGCGGUACCCCGGUUUCUGAACUUCACCGUUGACGAGUAUUUCUGUUUUCGAACGCCGUAAACCUGGAAGUAAAUGCUUCAGUUCUCGAACACACCUCAGAAGUCGAACAUGAAACACAGCUUCCGCUGACUGUAAGAUCCUGAGGCCUGGCUGUCAGCUAUUGAGUUUUCAGUUUUCGAACAUUUCAGAACUCGAAUGGUUUUCCAGAAUGGAUUACAUUCAAAAACCGAGGUACCACUGUAUUAGAAAAUCAGCAGUUUCUCAGGGUUGUAUUCAACUACAUUUUAUUACUCAGAGUAGAUCCAUAGACCUAACUGAUGGCUCAUCCACACUUACCUUUUGCUCCGAGCUUUCCCACAGUCUCUGCUCAAGGACUUUUCAUUUUUAUUUCGCCCUGCCCCUUUCCCCAGGAAAAACCUCUCUUUAAUACUGGGUUUUUUGUAGAUUGCAGUAAAGAGUGGGUUUUCAUGGGGAAAGCACCACAGCAAAAAGAAAAAAGUGCUUGGACACAAAAAGAAGUCUGGAUGAGCUUAGUCAUUGCCAUUAAUUUAAUUGGGCCUACUUUGAGUAAAAGUUAGUUGAAUACAACCCUCACUUCUGACUAGAACACUUGAGUGUUUUAGCCCUUGUGAGGCAGAGAUGAAACAUAAAGCAAAUUGUGCCGCUCCACCUAACAGCAAAGCUAGAAAUCAGUGUUAGAUGCUGAGCUAAGUCUUCUCAAGUUAAUAGAAGCCAGAUUGGGUGAGAGUCGUCUCUUGCAUUCACCUGCCUUUGCGACAUUUGACAGGUACUGCUGCCUUGGAGGAAGAUGCACAGAUCCUUAAAGUGAUUGAAGCCUAUUGCACAGGCGCCAGCACCCAGCAAACCCACAGCUCAGGUGAGUGGCUUAAAGGCAGCCCCUUGUACCUAGAAACUUUUGAAUGUGGGGUAGCUUUGAGAUAAGUGAGGUGCACCGAGCUGGCAGCUUAGCAUAUGCCUGGUGCAUUCCUCUUGCAGUGCGUGGGAGGCUCUCUGCCAAACAUUGCAUGCUAGUUGGGGUUUGAACUUACAAAGAUCUCUUCCAGUGAGCCAGAGCAUUGGUCCUUAUAAGCCUUGGAUUAUCUACCUUUGACGUCUUUAGCUCCUAGUGGGGCUCUUCUUUUGACCUAAACCUCUUCAGAUGCUGUUGGACUCCAACCACCAUGAGUCCCAGCAAACACGGGCAUUGAGCAGGGGUGAUGGGAGUUGUAGUCCAGUGACACUGGGAGGGCAAAAGGUUAGUUAUCUGUGUUUAACCUUUCCCUUUCAUAAGAACCUACAAAGAUCCCUGGAGGAUCAGACCAAAAGGUCCAUCUAAACCCAUCUUCUUUGUUGCUCUCAGGGGCCAACUGGAUACCUCCUAGAAGCCCACAAGCAGGGCAUGAGAAAGAUGUUUACUUUCUUAUUUAUCUUCUUAACCCUUUAUGUCCUUCCUUUCUUCCAUCAUGGAACCCACAGUAGCCUAUCUGUGGUUCCCAGGAGGUCUCCCAUCCAGGCACUGACCAGACCCAGACCUGUUUAGCUUUCAGCAGAGCAGCAUCCUCACCUGUCUUGAGACCAUAAACUGGGAUUGGGUGAUUGCCCUCCCCUGAUGUUUACCCCUAGCAAUUAGCAUUCAGAAGUAGACCAUCUGUUCUAUAUGAAUGUUUCACAUAGGCUUCGUGGCUAAAUAAUGUGCCAUGAAUUAGCCCUCUCCAUAAAGAGUGGUCAAAAAUGCCUUUUAAGUCACAGUCUACUACAAAGCAGGUGUUGUGCAUAAGAAGAUCCUGCUGGAUCAGGCUUAUGGCCCAUCUAGUCCAGCAUCCUGUUCUCAGAGUGGCCAACUGGGUGCUUGUGGGAGAUUUGAGCGCAAGAGCCCUCUCCCCUCCUGUGGUUCCCAGCAAGUGGGAUUUGGAACUUUGACUGGUUCCAACUGUGGAGGCAGAGCAGAGUUGUAGUGAUGCGUAUCCAUUGAUAGCCUUCUCUGAGAAAUUGUCCAGUCCUCUUUUGAAGCCAUCUUAAGUUGGUGGCCAACACUGUUUCUCGUGGGAGGGAGUUCCAUGGUUUACCUGUCAGCCUUCAACCAUCCAGGUCAGUGGUCGUCCUGGCCUCCUUGGGGAGCAAGUUCUUAGUUUAUGUAUGUGCUGCAAUGAAGAAGGACUUCAUUUUAUCUGUCCAGAAUCUUCCAAAACUAAGCUUCAUUGGAUGCCCAACGUUCUGAACGGGGGGAGAAAAACUUCUUCAUAUCUGCUUCCUCCGUGCCAUGCUUAGUUUUUUAAACUUCCAUUGUGUUUCCUCUGCAUCUGUCCCAAAUGCUGCAUCUGUUCCUCAUGGGGGAGUUGCCCUUGAUCAUUUCACUUGCCCUGAGCUACAAGGGCCGAUGGUCUGCCUAUAAAUAAGGCAGUUUCCUAUGUUUCCUAUCCGCUGCCUCACUCUUACCUCAUGCCCUGCGGCAAAGGAAGCACAGUAGAGGACGAUGGCAGUCCCUUCUCACCCAGCUUCCUCCUAUUCCACUGUGCAAGCAAACUGAUGGUUAUCUUAGAAUGCAAGAGAUAGCUUUGACUAGGAAGCACAAGAUGCUAUCAUUUAAUCUGCUGCACCUUUCAGAAAAAGCUGCUUCCUGAGUGAGGUGCUAACAUCUUCUGAAGUGAUGGAAAUGCAAACAUUUAGUCAGUCGCAUUGACAGGGCAAAUUAAAAUCCGUGUACUCUUAGAGGGGAAAGAGAGGGGUAGUAAAACGGGUGUGGCCCUCUCCUUCCGAAAUGUGGCUGCUUUGUACAACUUUUGUCAGCUGUUAAGCUGUUAGAAAACACAUGCCCAUUUCCUGGUCUAUUUUAAAGUGAUGGUUUUAACCAACGAAGCCAGAAAGACUUGGAACCAGGUUACCUGAAAUAGUGUCUUAGCAUAGAAGAGCUGGUGGCUGGAUCAGGCCAACGUCCCAUCUUGCCCAGCAUCCUGUUUUCACAGUGGCCAACCAGAUACCUAUGGUGAAGUCCACCUAUGGUGUCGGCCCACAAUAGCAACAACACUCUUGUUAUUUGUGAUUCCUAGCCCCUGAUAUUCAGUACCUGCUCCAUGUCCUGCCUUCAAGUGAGGUGAAGUGGGUAGCUAAAAAGGAAAGAGCCUUCUUGGUGGUGACACCCCAUUUAUGGAAUAGCUUCCUUCCUUCCUUCCUUCCUUCCUUCCUUCCUUCCUUCCUUCCUAUAAUUUUUAUUAAGUUUUCCAUUUUAACAAUCCAAUAAAAACCACAUUAAAACAUUCCAAAUUAUAAUACAAUCAAAAAAUAUCCAAUGCCGAAUUAUAUAUCUUUGGGUGACUUCCUAUGCUCUGAAGUUCAGGGAGUGAUGAUUUAAUAUUUUACUGCAUUCCUUAAUUAGCCCAAAUAAUCCUAAUAAAACAUUUCCAAUGUUGAUCCUUCAUUUAUUUUUAACAGCCUCUGAAUUAGUUUAGCAAGCGGGUUAGUCCUUUGUAGUUCUGUGUGAAAUAUUUUUAAUUUUCUUCUUCUUUAUGUUCCUGUUGUAGUCCAAAGUCCUCAUCGACGCCAGUUUCACUUUCUGCACACAAAGGCAAAUCUCAUGCAUCACAUCCAAGACAAAGGGAGAUCUAGCCUUCCGCUAUUAGCGCCGGGCUAAUAUACAAAAUUCCCUUCUGUGAUCUCGUUCCAGCUGCUAACAAGCUGAUGUCUCAGGAAAACACCAUAGCUCCCAUCAUGAAUUCUUUUUAUCAUUCUAUUAAGAGUUGUGGCCAGAAUCAUAGUCAAAAUUUCACACAAUCAAUUUUGUAGUUAAACCAUAACAAUAACUAUAGCAAGAUACUCUUUCAAUUCUGCUUUCAUAUUUCAAACAGUCAGCCUUUCGGGCGAGAUUUGCCGAAUAAAACAGCAAAUGCAAAGUAUAUCAAGAGAGAAUAAUGGAGGCUCACCUCCCCCAACAUACCGAUCCAAUUACGACGAAAGUCCUUCUCCAGGUCGAAUCCUUGGCACCCAGUGGCUGAAUCAAUUAUCAGAGUACUUUAUCCCCCCUAGUUCAGAGCAUGCCUGUUAAUUAAGUUUGAAUUUUAUUUUAAAAAAACAGGUGUCCACCGCUCAUGGCGCAAGUUUUGGAGAGCUCCCGAAAGGCGCGGUGCAAUGCACCCAGCGCCCCCUGCCACCCACAUUCCUUCAGGACGGACGGCAGGUAUCGGAUGAUCUGUGGGUAGAGCACCCCCCCGGCCCUGGGGGUUUUUGGGGAUGAUAAUUACCCCCAUAUUAUCUUCAUUAGCCGCACAGAAAGGCUCCCCUGGUCUGGGGACAGCCGUUUGCCAUGGCGGCCAGACAGGAAGUCUUUUUCUUGCUGUUUUUUUCAAUCUUGACAAUGAUGAUGCACCAGUGGGGAAAAGAGCAGAGAAACGCUCUUCUCCUGUUAACGUUCUUGUUUAUUUGUUGUGUGCGCCAAAACAGAGCUGUCCCCUGAUUUGUCCUCUCUUGCCACCAGGUUCCCGUAAGGAUUCCGUCCCCCAGGUCCUGCUUCCGGAAGAAGAGAAAAUCAUCUUUGAGGAAACAAGAAGCAAUGGGCAGACUAUCACAGAGGAGAAGUGAGUGAGAUUGGGGUGGGCCCCAGAACAAGUGAGCUGAAGCCUAAGAAAUUUAAUUGUGGGUGUCCUAUCCCCAUCCACCCAAUAACAAAAGGAGCAAGAGGAGGUCAGUGCGCGAGGUCGACUGCAGGGUGGCAAGAGUUCUGUUCUGGGGAGCAGAAUAUCUUGCUCCUGCCCUGCAUUUGGAAUCCAUGUUUAGGUAAACAAUUCAAUGAAGAAGGCAUUCAAUGAAGCAGCAUUUAAUGUUGCCAGUGUCCACAUCCUGCCCUUGACUGGAAUGUUGCAAACCUUUGUACUGCGUAACUUCACCAUGAAACCACACAGCACAAAGCUUUGCAACGUAAUACAACUUGGGCAUUUUGCUAUGUAACUCCGCAACACUGCACUUCCCUGCAUAUUCAUCUUAUGCCUAAGCAGGCAAUAGGACCAAGCAUUGCCUAUAAAAGAGAAAACGAAUAUGUGGAAUUUUCUUUUCCCCCCUCAAAAUGAGGGAGAUUUGUGACUUUUUGCCACUUUUUAAAUGCUAUUUUGUUUCUGUUGCUUAUCCCUUAAGCUUUGGCCAGUUUCUUCACUUGUGGGAAUCCUUUCCUUACAGGCUUGUUUGCCAACAAAGAAACAAAAUGAAACAAAAAAACAAAACAGAACCCUGCGAAGCUGUAGUGCAGAAGGCCUGAACUUUGCAAAGGGAACAUGCUGUAGGGGCAUCAAUCCCAUUCCUGUUGAGGUUCGCUGCUUCUGCAUAUGACCUAUAGAAUCAUAGAACUGUAGGGUUGGAAGGGACCCAGAGGGUCAUCUACUCAAACCCUUGGGCUGCCCAAUCCAAAGCUGAAAGAAAAACAGAUGGGGACAGGCAAACUGUGUUUUCAGCACAUUUCUGUCUCUUUUUUUAAACCACAAACAGUCCUUCCCCCCCAGGGGAUCUGUUGCUUUAGCAGGGUUCCCCAAACUUGGGUCUCCAGCUGUUGUUGGAUUACAGUUCCCAUCAUCCCUGACCACUAGUCCUUCUAGCUAGGGAUGGUGGGAGUUGUAGUCUAAGAACAGCUGGAGUUCCAAGUUUGGGAAACCCUGGCAAAGAAGUGUUUUAAGUCGCUUUAAUUGCACAAACCUAAAUUUCUUUUUUUUUUUAAAUGAUAUUUAUUAAAAUUUCAGAAACAAAAAAAUUACAUAGUUAAAGAAACAAGGGAAAAAAUAAAAAAGAGAAAAAACAUACAAAAUACAAAGUACAGAAAAAACAAAGAUAAAAAACACUUAAAAACAAAUCAGUCCUUCCGUAUCUUACAUUUCAUUUCCUUGCUUCCCUGACCUCCUCUCACCUCCCUUUUUUGUAUUCCAGUUCAAUUGGUUAAUUCAGCAAUUCCUUCCCCUCUUUGUUUUUGUCUUAGUUCUUUAACUUAAUAUAUUAUAGCUUUAGAUUCUCACUUAUUAACAAUCCAUUUUUACAUACACCUUUAAGACAUUGCUGCUAAAACCACUUAACUUCAUUCUGACAUCAUUCUAACAUUCAUUAAUUUUGCAAUAUUUCUGUAAAUAGUCUUUAAAUUUUUUCCAAUCUUCUUCCACCGACUCUUCUCCCUGGUCUCGGAUUCUGCCAGUCAUUUCCGCCAAUUCCAUGUAGUCCAUCACCUUCAUCUGCCAUUCUUCCAGAGUGGGUAGAUCGUGUGUCUUCCAAUACUUUGCAAUAAGUAUUCUUGCUGCUGUUGUGGCAUACAUAAAGAAAGUUCUAUCCUUCUUUACACAAACCUAAAUUUCCCAGAGCCCAGUUGAAUCCCUCCCAGAAGAUACAAGAGUCUGGGGGUGCCUUGCCACUACCUACCUGGCGGGCAGGCACUGUUGCUACGUAUCUUUAGGCACCAGGCAAAGACAUUCCUCUUCUCCUAGGCCUUUACACUAAUUAAAUAAUCUAUAGGGCCUUUUGAAACUGCAGGGAGUGUGUUUGUCUAUGAGUUCUCUUUGGUUGCUUCUUAGCAUUUUGCUGCUGACUGUUGGGUUGUUUUUCCUAGGAGUCUGGUGGACGCCGUCUAUGCACUGAAGGAUGAGGUCAAGGAACUUAGACAGGUAAUCAAAAGCAUCACCCUAUUCCAGGAUGACAUGUACAUAAAUGGGCAUCCACCGGGGGGCGGGGAGACAGUUGCCCCAUCUAGAAUGAACCCUAACUCCAUCUUUCGCAUAAAAAACAGAGGAAGUUUCAAGCAUUAGUAGAACCUAAGAUAAGAAGUAAAAUGUACAGGUGUUGUUCUUUUCAAAGGUGGAGGGGUUGUGAGAAAUUAGCCUGCUCCCCCCUUUCAGUGUUUUAGUUCCCCCUCCCCCGGAAAAAUUCUUAUGCGCACCCUCGCAUACAUGCACAAUAUUGCAAGAUGUGUUUGCAAGGUCCUGAGAGCGUUAUGUCAGGAUUAGGAAACUUCCAUUCAGCCACAAAGCUCAUUGGGUGACACUGGGACAGUCGUCAUCUCAGCUUAACCCACCUCGCAGGGUUGUUGUGAAGGUUGAAGAGGGAAGAGCUAGGGAUAGACAACAUGGCAUAGCCUAGAUGUUCGUGGACUGAGAGGCCUUUAUUGAGGUUAGUGAAGCCUUAAAUUAAAUAUGGUUUUAGCGUCAUAUCAUUAGACUGCCAGUGUUGUGAUGUGCACCUUCUGAAUUUGUGCACUGAGGGUUGCUGGGACCUGUAAUUGCUGAGAAUGACAAAGUGAAGAGCCUGCUGGGUUAGACGCAUGGCGGAUCCAGCAUCUUGUUCUCACAGUGGCCAGCCAGAUGCUGUGGGAAACCUGAAAGCAGGACCCCAAUGGGUGUUCAGUAGCAUCACUGCUUCUGAUCACAGAGGCAGAAUGUAGCCAUGGCUAGUAACCCAUCAAUACCUUUCUCAUCCACGAAUUUGUCCAUUCCUCUUUGCAAGCCCAUCCAAGUUGGUAGCCCUCACUGCCUCCAGAGAAGGGAGCUCCAUAACUUAGCCAUGUGCUGUGUGAAGAAGGGCUUCAUUUUUACCUGCCCCAAAUCUUCCAGUGUUCAGCUUCUUUGGAUACUCAUGAGUUCCAGAGUUAGGAAGGGGGAAGCAAACCCCCCCCCUCUUCUGUCUACUCCGUCAAAGCCAUGCAUUAUUUCUCUGAACCAAAAAGUCCUAAACGUUGCAGCCUUUCAUUUCUCGUUUUGUCAAAGGCGCUCCACCCUUAGAUUAUUUUCGCUUCCCUUUUCUGAACCUUCUCCUGCUUUGCAAUACCCUUUUUGAAGUGAGGCAACCAGAACCGUACAGUUUUCCAAAUGCAAUAAGUGGGUGGGUGUGGAUGUGUAAAUAUGGGUGAGGGGAGGUAGGUUGACUGAGAUAUGCAUAUGUUUGUGGGUGGGGGAUUUGUGUGGGUACUGAGUGAGUGGAAAUGUUCUGAGUGAAUGGAACCCUACUUCAUUGAUGUUGAUUUUUUCAUCUCUUUUAUUUAAUUGCCGUAUCUAAUUGAAUUUGAUUUCCUCCUAGACUGCUUUGUGACCUUUUCUGGUGGAAAAGCAAUACAAAAAUACUUCAAAUAACCUGACCACUGACUCUGCUGGCCAGGGCUGAUGGCGCUUGUUGCCCAGCUACAUUUGGAAGGCACCAUCUUGGCUGCCCCCCCCCCAAAAAAUCUGUGCCCCCUGAACAUACACUAAUGAAUAAAUGUAUAAAUCAGGGAUCAAAGUAUAGGCUGUAAUUUCUAUCAGUGUUGGAGAGGACUUAGCCUAGCAGGUGGCAAACAGGGUGGUAUUCAGCAAGGUUUUACUCAACAUAGACCCAUAGUAAUGAAUGAGCAUGACUAGGUUAGGUCUAUAAGUUUAAGUGGGUCCAUUCUGAGUAAAACUUAGUUGAAUACCAUCCUGGAUCUGUCCAGUGGACCAGGGUCUCCUCCACCCUCCCUUAGGCCAUAUUUGGCAUGACUUUUCACCAGUCGAUAGACUGUGGAACUCUCUCCCACAGGAGGCAGGGAUGGCUGGUAACUUUGAUCAGUUUGGAAGAGAAUUAGACAAAUCAGUGGAGGAACAGGCUUUCAGUGGCUACCAGCCAUGAUGAUUAUGCUCUUCCUCCACGGUCAGAGGCAGUAAUGCUUCUGAAUACCAGCUGCUGGAAACCACAGGAGGAGAGAGUGGCUCUUGGGCUUGAAUCCAGCCUGCAGGCUUCCCACAGGCACCAGGUCAUCCACUGUGAGAACAGGAUGGUGGACUAGGCGGACCAUUGGCUUCACCCAAUAGGGCUCUUCUUAUGUUCUCAUGUUCUUAUCUGACAAUAGAAUGACAUCAGAGGACCUGUUUUGGCCCAUGUGGAGCUUUGAAGUCCUGACAGUCAGCUGGAUAUUGUGCUCACAAAGUACUGUGUACGGUUCUUUGCAGGCCAUGGGCUUUGCAGGUUCUGCCAACCAGCUGAAUGACGUUGCUGAAAACACCCCUUUUUUGGCUCAGAUGUGCCUGACUUGGCUAACCACCCCUGUGGUGACCUGCCUGGUGAGCCUACUUAGGCUUGGCAGUCAAGAUUUCUCUGUCGCUGACUAAGACAUCAUUGCAGAUGGGUUGGUUUUGGGGAGUGGAGAGAAAGUGAGAAGCUUCUUAUGUGGAAUAUUAACACCCUGCUUCCUCUGCCUACAGGAGAAUAAGAAGAUGAAGCAGUGUUUGGAGGAAGAGCUGAAGUGCAGGAAAGAUCUAGAGAAGUUGGUUCGGAGGCUACUGAAGCAAACAGAUGAGUGUGUCAGGGAAGACGCCGGGCGGAGGUCCUCAGUCCUCGCCUGA